AUGAACUUGAAACCCUGCUGUAAUAUCAAGCAGCAGACUGUGAGUUUGGGAUGAAAAUAAAUCUUGUUGGAGGAGAGGCCUUUCAAAAAAUAUUUCCUCCGUUUUCAAGUAGGGGCACUUAAUUUAUCCACAUUCCAAAGUCCGUCCUGGCUGUCUUGCAUGUGACUUGGCUUCUUUAUGUGAGAAAAAUCAGCUGCUGUCUGUCGUCCUCAAAAAACCGACUGAUCUCAAGGUUCUUCGGAUGUGUGCGUCACCAUUUAUUGGUUUAUAAACUGCCCAUAUUUAUGAGGGAGCACUGUGACAUUUCCUUUUAAUAUUGGACUGCCAUUAUAAACUACUAUGGCCUUCAUAAGAUGUCCGAGGGAAAUGUCAGCAAGGAGAUCCACCAACUCUGAAUACAAAAUGUGUACCUAGCAAACCUCUGGAGUCCAGUAAGGAGAAUAGCACUGUAUUGACUGCCACAUGCAUGACAGCUGGUUGUGAUAUGGUCCUUUCUAUUCUGCCUUGCCUGUUAGGACACCUUGGCUCGCAACAAUUCAUGUUAUCAAGAAGUUUAUGGGAUUCAGGAAAGUGAUUAAAAAAAAAAUUGCAUUUAUUUGAGCUCCUUCAACUGCCCUCCCAUAUAGCCUCAGAAGAUCAAGUUUUACAAUGGGCUGUAAUCUGAUCUGUAAUAAUCCUUUAAGGAAAUUCCGUUUGCAGUUUGUGGCCUCAGCCGUGUCAUGCUGCUAUUAAAAUGUGUCUCCUCUCCUCCCCAGGGCAGUGGCCUAAGUUGUUGAGUUGAGUGUCGUCUUACUUUACGAGGGGAGGGCUGGUUAUCCAACACAGGAGGGCUUGUGUGACAGUUUUUUAGUCAACACUUCUUGGCUCUAGUAUGUAGCGGUAAAGUGGUAAUUCCUUACGGCCUUUGGUCUGGCUGUGAGAUUUGCUAUUGACAGAUGAACACAAAUCCCCUUGAGUGGAUACGGGUGAUUAUGUUCUUUCUGUUUGAGUGUCGGCCUGAGACUGAGGGGAAAUGGGGCCAUGCUUUCAAACUUUUGAGUCAUUGCCUCAUACACUGAUCCUCAGGUUGGGUAUGUGACCCUGUCUGUGACGAGAUGGAUUUAACGAGCUGAUUCAUUUAUUCAAAUCAGUAAAUACAUUACAUCAUCCAUCAAUAAACACGUCUAAUUAUCAUAACGUAGGCUAAAUGCAACCUUGUGUGAAGGUGAAGUACAUCAUGUUUAUAAUGCUAUUCUACUAGAUAUUGCCUGUCUGUUUUACCCUUGGACCGCUGAGUUGUAAACCUUGUAGAGCGUCGGCCUUGUAGAUUUGACAUAUCAGUGUGAUACACGACAGACUUGAAAACUGUACCUGUCUUAGAACCAGCAGACAAGGCUCACCCUCUAAACCCAUCUGGUGUACAUUAGAUAAUCUUCUCCCCUUGCCCCCAGGAUUUAACAAGGUCUGCUUGAUGCAGUUUGUAUCCUUUCAAUUGACUGUGCGGUCUGAAUUCCUCCGACUUCUCCGAAUCCAUACGGAAAUAAGGGGCUUUAAGUAUAGUUUUAUGGGCGGUAUCGUCCUCCCCAGUUAAAUUCCCUCUUCCUAUCAAUCAAGCUUGCUGCAACUCUAAAUAAAGAUGUAACCUAUAAUGCAGAGUAGUGUACACAGUAACAACUAUUAGCAAGGGGCCUAUGUCCAGUACAUCUCACUACCAUAGUACAUGGUCUAUAGUAUACAUUGGUGCCGUGUUACCCCCCCCCCCCCCCCCCACACACACACACACACACACACACACACACACACACACACACACACACACACACACACACACACACACACACACAGUAGCAGAUUGAAGAUUGAGGUCCUGAGCAGUCAGUAGGCUGCUGACUCAGUCUGAUAACGUGGCUGUUAAAUUAGCCCUGGUCUCACAGGCCUCUGCAUUCCAGCACCCCCCCCCCCCCCCCACCCAGGCCUGUGGUAUGAGAGCCAGUGACGGGGGCUGCUGACAGGCAAGGCUGUUUUUAGCAAGCAGCUGAAGGUCAGGGCAGAUUGUGAGGGCUAUGUAUACCAGCAGUGCUCACCUCCACCCCUGCAGGGGUCAGGGGACCGGGUUAGGACUUUGAGCCUGGGGUUCCCACUAACUCAGCCUCUCUUAGCUGUCCAUUUGUGUCAACAGUGGGUUAAUGUGCCUUGAAACUUAUGAUGGCAGUGUUCUGAUGGUGUUUAAUUGAUGUUACUGAGAGGUAAUCUGGACUGUUGACCUGUGAAAGCAGUCAGGCUUUCCCAAGGCAGACUAGGACUGCUGGGUAGAGCAGGGCGGGGUGUGGGGGAUAGGAUAUCGGGUCACCCUGAUUCUUUUCACACUUGUUAGCAGAAACUAACUCAAGCUUCGAGUCUUCAAGUAUGUGGCUUGUAAAAUUACACAUAUUUUGGACAAAUUAAACACUUAUUCUAUGUAAAUGUGGUGUAGACCUUAUUUCCCCCUGAAAUUAAUACCAUACUAGCAAAAGACCAAAAGUGUUUGCCUCUUUAUAAACCUGUUGUUAAUGUAUGUAAAAGCAUUGGGUGUAUUUUCGAAACUUCAGAAUGAUCUUGUGAAACAGCAGUUUGAAUUAAUAAGUAAUUAAAUAAAUGUGUAGGGGAAAUAUUGAUUAAUCAAAUCAGAAGUUCUGUAUACAGUGUCAUGAAAGUGGACAAACCCAUAAUUAAUUAAUUAAUUAUUAAUCAAACCAUGAUCUGAUUAAGCGAUUACAUCAUGGCAGUGGCAGGCCAGUGAGGCUGUGAUACAAGAGUGUGUGGUCUCAUUUCAGUCUAUCUAUAGCUGUUCGGCUGGCAAUCACUUUUUCUUUAGUUAGCUACUGGAUUUCUGACUCUCUUUGCUGGUUUCCCUCUUUAUUUCUCUCUCUCUCUCUCUCUCUCUCAAUUCAAAGGGCUUUAUUGGCAUGGGAAACAUGUUUACAUUGCCAAAGCAAGUGAAAUAGAUAAUAUAAAAAAUGAACAGUAAAAAUUACACUCAUAAAAGUUCCAAAGGAAUAGAGACAUUUCAAAUGUCAUUAAGGCUAUCUCUCUCUCCUUUCGAUCUCUCUUCUCUCUGGCUCGCUCUCUGUGCCCCACUUUCCCCCAUGGUCUUUGCCUGGCCCAUAGAACAGGCCUGCCCUUUGUGUGUUGUGAGUGCACAGGAGAUUUGAGCUGGCAUAUCAGCCAGCCUUUCACCCAGAUAUCAAUAGACCAGAGUUGGGGUGGAGGGUUAGUACAGGUUUUCUGAGCCAGUUGGUAAUCCACUCCUCACCCUCUCUCAAGCCCUUUGUUUUUCCUGGUUGCCCCUCCAUUUCCUCUUGUCAUUUGCUUUGUGGGUCCAGUGAGAAACAAACGUUUCAAUGAACUUGGAUUUUGUAGCUUAUUUAGUCAGCAGGGGGAAAUUCUAUUCAUUUAUUGAUGGAGAAAGUUUUCUAUUUUAGUCCUCAUUGGGGGGAAAAAUUGUCUAAAAGCAGAGCAACACCUGUUGCAUGUUUUACUCCACUGACUCCAGUAGCAAUGUAAUCACUGUGUUAUAUCAUUUCCUGCGUUAUUAUGGUGUGACCCUGAUGGUCAACAUGACUGUAAGAUCGAGGGGGUCACUAGUAACUCUUUGAUCACACAAUAUCUUGUCCUCUAUGGCGCCAAUUGUAAUAGAGUUGACCAGUGGAGCACGAACACCAUCGUAAAUACAACGUUUUAUUGUUUAUUUUUUCCCUUUCAUACUUCAACUAUUUGCACAUGUGUUACAACACUGUACAUAGCCAAUAAUAUAACACUUUUGUGAGUGUAAUGUUUACUGUUCAUUUCUGAUUAUUUAUUUCCCUUGUUUAUGCCAAUAAAGCAGAGAGAGAGGGUCACGCUUUGAUUCUGCCCGUCUUUCUCGGUCUGUCCCUAUAGAAGUUGUGAUUUAUUUAUUGAUGAUGAUAAAUAUGUAGAGGGGCUUGAUCAGAAAAAAACAAUUUGAAAAGAAACUAUUUUAGUUAAAACAUUGAGGUGUUUUAGUCUCUUUUUCUAAUUAUUAUUUUAAUCACGACUUUUAUGUAGCAAAGUGUAAAUGAUAUUAAUAAGCUCCUGUCAAUUGUCCUGGACCCUGUCAUUAACAAUGACUGUCAUCAUUCUUUUCCCUUGAUAUUAAUGUGACAAGCCACAUGGACACAACAUGUAGGAGCUUCAGUCAUACAGUAUGACUAGCUCAGGAGGUUUUCCUGACCAUGAUCAAGAAAAACUCCUGGCCCUAAAUACAGUGUAUGACAAACCACUCUGUGAUCCAGCUGUGGUUUUGACAGGAGAAUAGAAAGUCCGUUUUACCAAUUGAGUGUGGGGCAAGAAUGGCACAUUAAUGGCUAUUGAAGGCCUUUGAAGGCCCUUAGAAUGUGGUUUAGCAGUGACACAUCUGUCAAAUAUACUGUACACCAGGAAUGUCAUUAUUACUUCUGUCCACAGAGGAGAUUGUCAUCGGUUAUAUUCCCUGUCCCAAUGGUCAGUUUCCUCUGCGGUACUCAGGAUUUCCUGCUAAAUACAGCAGCAGGCUCAGUGUUUUCCACAAGUACAUAGACUAGACAGCCAAAUAGAAAAAGAAGCCAGCCAGGCGCCCCCGGCCGGGGUUCAAAAUAUUUGCAGAAGGAGCUCUUUUGGUGGCUUCUGGUACAUUCAAAUGCCUUGAUUCCAUCUGAAAUACACAGUGAAAUUAUUGAAUACUUUAUCGAGUUUACCUCCCAGAUUAGAAAAAUGUGUUGUGUUAUUGUAUAGAAAGACAUGACUUUACAAUUUAAAUAACUGAAAAUGUAUGAAUUCAGUGUAUUGUGAGUUGUUUUGGAUAUUGUCUAGGUCUAUAUGAUCAGGACUAUUUUCUAAGAGGGCAUUAAACUUUUUUUACAUUUUAACCUAUCUUCUCUUGAGAUUAAAGUCUUAUUUACAAUUUUACUGCAAUAUAUGAAAUGCCAUAGUGAUGUUUGAUCUUCAAAUGUAUGUAUUUUAUUCAAACAGAAAAAGUAAGUAAAUAGCCCACACUAUCUUGAAAAAUAACAAAUACAUUUUUUGGGGGGGCAGUUUUUCCCAUAGUUUAUUUUCGCAUUUAGAGCACACUUUUUUAAAAUAGAAAAACAACAACAACAUUGCAUGUUUUAAGUCCACAACAAUGCUUAAACCACAUGAGGAGACCCCAUGAAUUCUGGGAACAAUCUGAGAAAUUGAUUUUUGGGUGUAGUUACCCUUUUUAAUUCAAGUGCACACAUAGCAAGAGGCUGAUGUUUAGCAGUGUUUUUGUAGUGCACAUGUGAUGGUAGAGUUUGAAAAACAAAUGCGCAUUGGAUUGAUGAAAAUAAUCAUGAUACCAUUCUGCCAGGUAAGCAUAGGCAACUUUGAAGUUAACAUUUAAUUGAAGGUUUUUGGGAAAGCCUUUCCAUCUAGGCCUACCAGAAGACUGUUUUCAUUAGCAUCAUCGCUAACAGUUACGCAAAGUGGUAGACCCACGCACCACACACACACAGAGACAGGGGCAUUCUUGUUGCCUCUUCAGAAAGUUGCAGGAAAUGCAAAUCACUGAUGCAUUCUGUUCAUGUCUUAUGUUAGGCUAAACUUGGGUUGAUUCCCUACUAAGGUCAAUACAUUUUUGUUGUUGUUGUUGUAGAAUUCCAUUUUCAUGCAUGGAUUCUGAAAGGGCCCCAAUUAUCAUAUUUGGAGCAGCAUUAGGCUCUCCACUACCUAUUGUUCCUACAGUGAAGAUUCUCCUUCUUCAUCUGAUUUAUUUUCAUAAUUUAUCUGCAGAUAAUCACCAAUAAGCCUAGGCCUACCAGUAGAAUAUGCAAAUUAGGGAGCCAAAUAAACAUCUCUCUCACAGAUGCGAUUCGGUAGGCUAUCACUGAUGAGAGUCACUCACUUUAGAGUCACUGACUGGCAAGCCCCGACAUCGAAAGGAAACCUAGAAUAUCCUUUGGAUUACUUGUCCCGAUGUGAUACCAUGGACAUACAGUGGGGGAAAAAAGUAUUUAGUCAGCCACCAAUUGUGCAAGUUCUCCCACUUAAAAAGAUGAGAGAGGCCUGUAAUUUUCAUCAUAGGUACACGUCAACUAUGACAGACAAAUUGAGAAAAAAAAUCCAGAAAAUGACAUUUGUAGGAUUUUUAAUGAAUUUAUUUGCAAAUUAUGCUGGAAAAUAAGUAUUUGGUCACCUACAAACAAGCAAGAUUUCUGGCUCUCACAGACCUGUAACUUCUUCUUUAAGAGGCUCCUCUGUCCUCCACUCGUUACCUGUAUUAAUGGCACCUGUUUGAACUUGUUAUCAGUAUAAAAGACACCUGUCCACAACCUCAAACAGUCACACUCCAAACUCCACUAUGGCCAAGACCAAAGAGCUGUCAAAGGACACCAGAAACAAAAUUGUAGACCUGCACCAGGCUGGGAAGACUGAAUCUGCAAUAGGUAAGCAGCUUGGUUUGAAGAAAUCAACUGUGGGAGCAAUUAUUAGGAAAUGGAAGACAUACAAGACCACUGAUAAUCUCCCUUGAUCUGGGGCUCCACGCAAGAUCUCACCCCGUGGGGUCAAAAUGAUCACAAGAACGGUGAGCAAAAAUCCCAGAACCACGCGGGGGGACCUAGUGAAUGACCUGCAGAGAGCUGGGACCAAAGUAACAAAGCCUACCAUCAGUAACACAAUACGCCGCCAGGGACUCAAUCCUGCAGUGCCAGACGUGUCCCCCUGCUUAAGCCAGUACAUGUCCAGGCCCGUCUGAAGUUUGCUAGAGUGCAUUUGGAUGAUCCAGAAGAGGAUUGGGAGAAUGUCAUAUGGUCAGAUGAAACCAAAAUAGAACUUUUUGGUCAAAACUCAACUCGUCAUGUUUGGAGGACAAAGAAUGCUGAGUUGCAUCCAAAGAACACCAUACCUACUGUGAAGCAUGGGGGUGGAAACAUCAUGCUUUGGGGCUGUUUUUCUGCAAAGGGACCAGGACGACUGAUCCGUGUAAAGGAAAGAAUGAAUGGGGCCAUGUAUCGUGAGCUUUUGAGUGAAAACCUCCUUCCAUCAGCAAGGGCAUUGAAGAUGAAACGUGGCUGGGUCUUUCAGCAUGACAAUGAUCCCAAACACACCGCCCGGGCAACGAAGGAGUGGCUUCGUAAGAAGCAUUUCAAGGUCCUGGAGUGGCCUAGCCAGUCUCCAGAUCUCAACCCCAUAGAAAAUCUUUGGAGGGAGUUGAAAGUCUGUGUUGCCCAGCGACAGCCCCAAAACAUCACUGCUCUAGAGGAGAUCUGCAUGGAGGAAUGGGCCAAAAUACCAGCAACAGUGUGUGAAAACCUUGUGAAGACUUACAGAAAACGUUUGACCUGUGUCAUUGCCAACAAAGGGUAUAUAACAAAGUAUUGAGAAACUUUUGUUAUUGACCAAAUACUUAUUUUCCACCAUAAUUUGCGAAUGAAUUCAUUAAAAAUCCUACAAUGUGAUUUUCUGGAUUUUUUUUCCUCAUUUUGUCUGUCAUAGUUGACGUGUACCUAUGAUGAAAAUUACAGGCCUCUCUCAUCUUUUUAAGUGGGAGAACUUGCACAAUUGGUGGCUGACUAAAUACUUUUUUUCCCCACUGUAUAACCACGUUGCAUGAUUUAUGAAUGGCAAAGGCAUAUAGGAGAUCGACUUUAUUCAGUCAGUUCCACACCUUUUAUAAACGAGUCAACACUUGCUGUUCAGUUGUCAAUCAACACACAGUAAAUAGCCUAGGCCUACUAUGCACCAGAACUCCACAUGGCUGUAUGUGAAACACGCUAAAUAAAAUAAAUGAAUGUGUCAGAAAACAACAAUAAUUAGGCUAAAUCGUGGAUUUCGACUCAUCGUUACCACUUACAUUACAUGGGACGUGCAAAUUCACGAGCAUCAUGCUCGCGCUCCCUCCGUGUAAAGAAAUGUAACUGCAACCAGAGAUCUGUAGGCUAGGCCUAUAUAAUGACAAGAUGCUUAUGUCUCCGCACUAACAAUGGGAGUCGUUGUCCUAAAAGGCGGAAAGGCAGGCGACAAGUUUAGUUCCAAAAUAAGCCCAUAGAAACUCAUUGGACGUAUUUUGGCGAGAGUGAAACCAGGGACGGAUGAAGAAAUCAUAGGCUCCGGGGCUUUUUUUUAUUAUUUUUUUAUAGGUGGCUACAUUUUUUAUAAGUGUUUUGAAUUCUGGUCUUGAAUUCAAACAAACAAUAGCCCAAGCCAAUGAAGCGACACACAGAUUGUACAAUAUUAGGAGGCAAUAUAUAAAAAGUAUAUACCCUGAACAAAAAUAUAAAUGCAACAUGUAAAUGUAUGAAAAUGUAUGCACUCACUAACUGUAAGUCGCUCUGGAUAAGAGCUUCUGCUAAAUGACUAAAAUGUAAAUGUAAAAAGUAAAGUGUUGGUCCCAUGUUUUAUGAGCUGAAAUAAAAUAUCCCAGAAAUUGUCCAUACGUACAAAAAGCUUAUUUCUCUCAAAUUGUGUCAAAUCCCUGUUGGUGAGCAUUUCUCCUUUGCCAAGAUAAUCCAUCCACCUGACAGGUGUGGAAUAUUGAGAAGCUGAUUAAACAGCAUGAUCAUUACACAGGUGCACCUUGUGCUGGGGACAAUGAAAGGCCACUCUAAAAUGUGCAGUUUUGUCACACAACACAAUGCCACAGAUGUCUCAUGUUUUUAAGGAGAGUGCAAUUGGCAUGCUGACUGAAUGUUCACCAGAGCUGUUGCCAGAAAAUGGAAUGUUAAUUUCUCUACCAUUAGCCAACGUCAUUUUAGAGAAUUUGGCAGUACGUCCAACCGGCCUCACAACCGCAUACCAUGUGUAAUCACACCAGCCCAGGACCUCCACAUCUGCCUUCUUCACCUGUGGGAUCGUCUAAGACCAGCCACCCGGACAGUUGAUGAAACUGUGGGUGUGCACAAACUAUCAGAAACCGUCUCAGGGAAGCUCAGAUUCAGUGUUUAAUAGUCACAUGUACAGGGUUGCAGGUGUGAUUGCAGGGUACAGUGAAAAAUGUAGGAUGCAGGAUUAAGUGAAAUAAAAUAAUGAACAUUUUAAUAAAAAACAACAACAAUAUAAAUACCACUAUGUACACAAUAACUGUGGCAGUGAUGAAUAAAUACAUGUCCAUCGGGGUGGAGGCAGAGUAAAGACUGUUCAGGGGGUGUGGGGGAAUGACCAUUGGGGGAGUAGCAUGUAAGUGAUCGUUGGGGGUGGUGGUGUCCAUAGGGGGAGUAGCAGGGGGGAAAUGUCUCUAGGGGGAGUAGGUAGCUGACUAGUGGUGACUAUUCAGCAGCCUGAUGGUCUGAGGGUAGAAGCUAUUGGCCAGUCUGAUAGUUUUUGCCAUGAUGCUCCUGUACUGCCCGCGUCUGAGUGAUUGAAGCAGGGAGAACAGGCCAUGGCUUGGGUUGCUGGGGUCCCUGAUGAUCUUCUUGGCCUUCCUGCGACACCUGGUGUUGUAGGUGUCCUGUAGGGCAGGCAGUGUGCACCCAAUGGUGCGUUCUGCUUCACGUAUUAGCGGUGGUGUAAAGUACUUAAGUAGAAAUACUUUAAAGUACUACUUAAGUCGUUUUUUGUGGUUUCUGUACUAUACUUUACUAUUUAUAUAUUUGACAACUUUUACUUCACUACAUUCCUAAAGAAAAGAAUGUACUUUUUACUUUAUACAUUUUCCCUGACAUCCUAAAGUACUCAUUAAAUUUUGAAUGCUUAGCAGGACAGGAAAAUGGAGAACAUCCCUGGUCAUCCCUACUGCCUCUGAUCUGGCUGACUCACUAAACAUAAUUGCUUUGUUUGAGUGUUGGAGUGUGCCCCUGGCUAUCCGUAAAUUUAAAAAAAACAAGAAAAUGGUGCCGUCUGGUUUGCCUAAUAUAAGGAAUUUGAAAUUAUUUAUACAUUUACUUUUACUUUUGAUACCUAUGUAUAUUUUAGCAAUUACAUUUACUUUUGAUACUUUUAGACUUUUACUCAAGUAGUAUUUUACUGGGUGACUUUUACUUCAUUUUCUUUUAAGGUAUCUUUACUUUUACUCAAGUAUGACAAUUGGGUACUUUUUCCACCACUGUGUAUUAGGUAUAUGCUCGUUGUCCUCACCAGGGUCUUGACCUGAUUGCAGUUUGGCGUCGUAACUGACUUCAGUGGGCAAAUGCUCACCUUCGAUGGCCACGGGCAUGCUGGAGAAGUGUGCUCUUCACGAAUCAAUCCCGGUUUCAACUGAACCGGGCAGAUGGCAGACGGUUUGCUGAUGUGAACAGAGUGCCCCAUGGUGGCAGUGGGGUUAUGGUAUGGGCAGGCAUAAGCUACAGACAACGAACACAAUUGCAUUUUAUCAAUGGGAAUUUGAAUGCACAGAGAUACCGUGACGAGAUCUUGAGGGACAUUGUCGUGCCAUUCAUCCGCCGCCAUCACCUCAUGUUUCAGCAUGAUAAUGCAUGCCCCCAUGUCGCAAGGAUCUGUACACAAUUCCUGGAAGCUGAAAAUGUCCCAGUUCUUCCAUGGCCUGCAUACUCACCAGACAUGUCACCCAUUGAGCAUGUUUGGGAUGCUCUGGAUCAACGUGUACUACAGCGUGUUCCUGACAAUAUCCAGCAACUUCGCACAGCCAUUGAAGAGGAGUGGUACAACAUUCCACAGGCCACAAUCAACAGCCUGAUCAACUCUAUGCGAAGAAAAUGUGUCGCGCUGCAUGAGGCAAAUGGUGGUCACACCAGAUACUAACUGGUUUCAUGAUCCACGCCCCUAUUUUUAAAAAAGGUUUCUGUGACUAACAGAUGCAUAUCUGUAUUCCCAGUCAUUUGAAAUCCAUAGAUUCGGGCCUAAUGAAUUUAUUUAAAUUGACCGAUUUCCUUAUAUGAACUGUAACUCAGUAAAAUCUUAAAUUGUUGCAUGUUCUGUCCCAUUCAAGUCAGGACUGGCAUCCAUUGAUAGUGUACCCAUGAGUUGAACAGUCAAAUUGCCAGGGUAAGAGGUUACAAAACCUUUCUAUGGAUUAUGUCUAUGGCCAGAACGCAACAAGCUGUAACUUAUAUUUGGUGUGCAUUCUGCCCAAACUGCGGCCUUUCUGACUAUUAGCAUACCGAUAACUGCGAAAAUAAAGGAAACACUUGAGUAAAUGAGGGAUACAAAAUAUAUGUAAUAGUGUGGGGUGCAUUUUCCUGGCAUGGUUUAGGUCCAUUUGUAGAAUCUAUGCCAAGAUGCAUUGAAGCUGUUCUGGCAGCCCAAACCCUUUUAAGACCACCUUAUUUUGGCAGUUUCCUGUAUGUGCUUGUGAUAAAACGUUAUGUUUUUGAAACUAUUGAUCCUCUGUCGCUAAAUUAUGCUCUCUGGUGUAUUUUGAACAUUGAGAGCGGGCUCCUGCGGUUGGAUGAAAAAAAAAAAGUAAUAAUAUUUUAUAUAUAUAUAUAUAUAUAUAUAUAUAUAUAUAUAUAUAUAUAUAUAUAUAUAUAUAUAUAUAUAUAUAUAUAUAUAUAUUAAUUAUGUGUGUAUAUAUGUGUUAUUUUUAGUAUUUGUUGCCUCUUGGGCCCCCUACAGGUUUGGGCCCAGUCCCUGACUCACACAAUUGACAAGUAACAUUGAUUUAUUAUGAAGUUUAUGAAUUGUUUUUUUAUUAAUCAGUUACCCAAUCAAGGCAGGGCCCCCCCAGUUACCCAUAUGGACUCCCUACCUCCUCUCCUCCCCCCAUCUGACGAUUAGCAGCCGGCCUACACUCAUUGACAGCGGGCUACUGAGUCCUCCUGUGGAUGGCAUUUGCAGUUAAAAUAUAUAGUGUGUGUACUCUACCAGUCAAAAGUUUGGACACACUUACUCAUUCAAGGGUUUUUCUUUAUUUGUUAUUUUUUUUUUUUACAUUGUAGAAUAAUAAUAAAGACAUCAAAACUAUGAAUUAACACAUAUGGAAUCAUGUAGUAACCCAAAAGUGUAAAACAAAUCAAAAUAUAUUUUAUAUUUGAGAUUCUUCAAAGUAGCCACCCUUUGCUGAGUUCCCACAUAUGCUGACCACUUGUUGGCUGCUUUCCUUCACUCUGCGGUCCAACUCCUCCCAAACCAUCUCAAUUGGGUUGAGGUCGGGUGAUUGUGGAGGCCAGGUCAUCUGAUGCAGCACUCCAUCACUCUCCUUCUUGGUGAAAUAGCCCUUACUACAAUGUAGAAAAUAGUCAAAAUAAAGAAAAACCCUUGAAUAAGUUGGUGUGUCCAAACUUUUGACUGGUACAGUGUGUGUGUGUGUGUGUGUGUGUGUGUGUAUACAUACAUACUUUUUCAUAGCACUGUAUGUUCCCUUUAUCUAAUAUUAGGUUUUGGUUGAAGAUCUAAUAACAUUCAGUAUCACAAAUAUGCAAAAGUAGAGAAAAUUAGAAAGGGGGCAAAUACUUUUUCAUAGCACUGUAUGUAUUUGCCCCCAUUCUAAUUUUCUCUACUUUUGCAUAUUUGUGAUACUGAAUGUUAUUAGAUCUUCAUCCAAAACCUAAUAUUAGAUAAAGGGACCAUACGUGAACAAAUAACACAACAAUUACAUAUUUAUUUCAUAAACAAAGUUAUGCAACACUCAAUUCCCCUGUGUGAAAAAGUAAUUGCCCCCUUACACUCAAUAACUGGUUGUGCCACCUUUAGCUGCAAUGACUCCAACCAAAUGCUUCCUGUAGUUGUUGAUCAGUCUCUCACGUCGCUGUGGAGGAAUUUUGGCCCACUCUUCCAUGCAGAACUGCUUCAACUCAGUGACGUGUGGGUUUUCUAGCAUGAACUGCUCGUUUUAAGUCCUGCCACAACAUCUCAAUUGGGAUUAGGUCUGGACUUUGACUAGGCCAUUCCAAAACUUCCAAUUUGUUGCUUUUUAGCAAUUUUCAUGUAGACUUGAUUGUGUGUUUUGGAUCAUUGUCUUGCUGCAUGACCCAGCUGCGCUUCAGCUUCAGCUCACAGACGGAUGGUCUGACAUUCUCCUGUAGAAUUCUCUGAUACAGAGCAGAAUUCAUGGUUCCUUCUAUUAAGGCAAGUCGUCCAGGUCCUGAGGCAGCAGAGCAUUCCCAAACCAUCACACCACCACCACCAUGCUUGACCUUUUGGUAUGAUGUUCUUACUGUGGAAUGCAGAGUUUGGUUUUCGCCAGGCAUUACUGGAACCAUGUCGUCCAAAAAGUUAUACUUUUGACUCAUCUGUUCAUAGAAAUUUCUUACAAGAGUCUUGAUGAUCAUCCAGGUGCUUCCAGGUGACUUUUGGCAAACUUGAGUCAACUUUUUGGACGAGAUGGGUCACAUUAUGUCUGGCGAAACCAAACACUGCAUUCCACAGUAAGCACCUCAUACCAACGGUCAAGCAUGGUGGUGGUAGUGUGAUGAUUUGGGAAUGCUCUGCUGCCUCAGGACCUGGACGACUUGCCUUAAUAGAAGGAACCAUGAAGUGUUGUGGUCAGAUGAGACCAAAAUCGAGCUCUUUGCCAUCAACUCAACUCGCCGUGUUUGGAGGAGGAGGAAUGCUGCCUAUGACCCCAAGAACACCAUCCCCACCGUCAAACAUGGAGGUGGAAACAUUAUGCUUUGGGGGUGUUUUUCUGCUAAGGGGACAGGACAACUUCACCGCAUCAAAGGGACGAUGGACGAGGCCAUGUACCGUCAAAUCUUGGGUGAGAACCUCCUUCCCUCAGCCAGGGCAUUGAAAAUGGGUCUUGGAUGGGUAUUCCAGCAUGACAAUGACCCAAAACACACGGCCAAGGCAACAAAGGAGUGGCUCAAGAAGAAGCACAUUAAGGUCCUGGAGUGGCCUAGCCAGUCUCCAGACCUUAAUCCCAUAGAAAAUCUGUGGAGGGAGCUGAAGGUUCGAGUUGCCAAACGUCAGCCUCGAAACCUUAAUGACUUGGAGAAGAUCUGCAAAGAGGAGUGGGACAAAAUCCCUCCGGAGAUGUGUGCAAACCUGGUGGCCAACUACAAGAAAUGUCUGACCUCUGUGAUUGCCAACAAGGGUUUUGCCACCAAGUACUAAGUCAUGUUUUGCAGAGGGGUCAAAUACUUAUUUCCCUCAUUUAAAAUGGAAAUCAAUUUAUAACAUUUUUGACAUGCAUUUUUCAGGAUUUUUUUGUUGUUAUUCUGGCUUUUAAUGUUCAAAUAAACCUACCAUUAAAAUUAUAGACUGAUCAUGUCUUUGUCAGUGGGCAAACGUACAGAAUCAGCAGGGAAUAAAUACUUUUUUCCCUCACUGUAUAUACUCAAUACAAAGUGUUGUGUUUGGGGCAAAUCCAACAGAACACAUCACUGAGUACCACUCUUCAUAUUUUCAAGCAUGGUGGUGGCUGCAUUAUGUUAUGUGUAUGCUUGUCAUCGCAAAGGACUAGGGAGUUUUUUAGGAUUAAAAUAAACGUAAUAGAACUAAGCACAGGCAAAAUCCUAUAGGAAAACUGUGUUCAGUCUGCUUUCCAACAGACACUGGGAGGCAAAUUCACCUUUCAGCAUGACAAUAACCUAAAACAAAAGGUCAAAUGGAGUUGCUUACCAAGACGACAUAGAAUGUUCCUGAGUGCCCUAGUUACAGUUUUGACUUAAAUCAGCUUGAAAAUCUAUGGCAAGACUUGUAAAUGGCUGUCUAGCAAUGUUCAACAACCUACUUGAAAAAAUAUAUAAUGUGCAAAUAUUGUACAAUCCAGGUGUGCGAAGCUCUUAGACUUACCCAGAAAGACUCCCAGAAAGACUCACGCUGCCAAAGGUGAUUCUAACAUGAAUUGACUCAGGGGGUUGAAUACUUAUGUAAUCUAGAUAUAUUGGGGGGGGGGGGGGGGGGUUUCAUGUUUUUUAUUUUUUUCCCAAAAUGCACAGCUGAAAAGCCCCCCUGGAUAUAACUGAUUUAGUGGAGAACUUUCAACAACACACUCAAACGGGUCUGCAACAGUGUAUGAUUACUCAAUUGUACUUCUUAAAGUGAAAGUCAUAGAACAAGUUCAAAAUACAGCCGAAGCAUUCCUUGCCUUGUUUUUGGUGUUCCAUCUCGAUCUGAACAGUUCUUUGUCAAUUCAUUCAUUUGAGCUCAACAAAUUGCAGGAAGCAUUAAAGGGGCAAUCUGCUGUUGGAAAAACAACAAAGCGCUACCUCGCCACAUGUUUUGGUAAACAGCUGAGGGAUGGAGCGGGAGAAAUGUAACCACUCUCAAAUUCAUAGACAGAGCUAUGGAUACUGUUAUUAUACUGCUGCUCUUUAAUUAUUUGUAAUUUUUUAGUUCUCUUUUUUACUUAACACUUCUUUUUCUUAAAAUUGCAUUGUUGGUUAAGGGCUUGUUAUUAAGCAUUUCACUCUAAGGUCUACACCUGUUGUAUUCGGCGCAUGUGACAUUUUGAUUUGAAGUACUGACCAUUCAUGAGAUUUAAAUGAUAGAUUUAACAAUGCAGUGUUUACAAACAAUGAAGUUAAAAAACAAGCUUAUAUUUUGGUUUCUGAUGGCGCAAGGCUGUGAACUAAUAAGCUCAUGAGGCAUUCCUAAGUUGUAUUCUUUAAAAAAAUCAAUGGCUAUAUAUAAUUAAAGUCCAUAAAUGGCUGUAGCAAUCGCAGAUGCUAAACCCCAUAAUGCUAAAGUUUACUUUUGGAAUCUUCAUUUCUUUGCACUUCUCUGUGAAGUCAGUGCCCAUUUAUCUCAUUCUAAUGAUCUCUUAGGCCAAAAUGUAUUAAGUGUGUCUCUGUCUACAGCCGACUCACUCUUUUCACUUAUGCUACUCUGAUGAAAGUGCACGCGGACCGUGUCAUUCCAUGUCCUUUUAACAGUAAUAAUGAAUAAGCCACCCUGACUUUCAGUUUAGUUAGUUUGAUUUUUUUUCUUUUUUUUCUGAAAGCUCUCUCACGUCUCUCGCUCUUUUUUUCCUCUCUUCCUGAAUGACAGAAAUUAUUAAGGAAAUAUGAAAAGUGAGUAAGUAAGAAAUGUCAGGCAGUUUGAACAGGAAGCAGCAUAUUACUGUGUACUACUCCCGGGAGUAAAAGUUAGGGGUAAAAGACCGUGAGAUUAGGUGAGGUAAGGGUUUUUAUCAGGAGGGAUAUUUUGGGUGAGGGUGGUUUUAUAAAUGAGGGCAGGUGGUGUCAAAACUGGAGGGUUAAGAGGACAGGUCCGGGGGGUGGCGAAAAGAAAACCCUGACUCUCUGUUAAACCAGCUAAUGAGUGUCCUGGAAGCCAGAUUGGUCCGUCGGACUGCCAGAUGGUGAAGCGUGAUUCAUCACUCCAGAGAACGUGUUUCUCCUGCUCCAGAGUCCAAUGGCGGUGAGCUUUAUACCACUCCAGCUGACGCUUGGCAUUGCGCAUGGUGAUCUUAGGCUUGUGUGCGGCUGCUCAGCCAUGGAAUCCCAUUUCAUGAAGCUCCCGACGAACAGUUCUUGUGCUGACGUUGCUUCCAGAGGCAGUUUGGAACUCUGUAGUGAUUGUUGCAACUGAAGACAGACGAUGUUUAAGUGCUAUGUGCUUCAUCAUUCGGCGGUCCCGUUCUGUGAACUUGUGUGGCCUACCACUUCGCGGCUGAGCCGUUGUUGCUGGGGCUGGGUGGUUAAGAGGUUGGGCUAGUAACCGAAAGGUUAUUGGUUCGAAUCCCCGAGCUGACUAGGUGAAAUCUGACUAAAAUGUGUUUAAAAAAAUUGCUCCGAGACGUUUCCACAGAACUUUAACAAACUGACUUGUUGGAAAGGUGGCAUCCUAUGACUGUGGCACGUUGAAAGUCACUGAGCUCUUCAGUAAGGCCAUUCUACUGUCAAUGUUUGUCUAUGGAGAUUGCAUGGCGGUGUGCUCGAUUUUAUACACCGGUCAGCAACGGCUGUGGAUGAAAUAGCCAAAUCCACUAAUUUCAAGGUGUGUCCACAUACAGUGGCUUGUGAAAGUAUUCACCCCCCUUGGCAUUUUUCCUAUUUUGUUGCCUUACAACCUGGAAUUAAAAUUGAUUUUUGGGGGAUUUAUAUCAUUUGAUUUACACAACAUGCCUAUCACUUUGAAGAUGCAAAAUAUUUUUUCUUGUGAAACAAACAAGAAAUAAGACAUAAAAACAGAACUUGAGCAUGCAUACCUAUUCACCCCCCCAAAGUCAAUACUUUGUAGAGCCACCUUUUGCAGCAAUUACAGCUGCAAGUCUCUUGGGGUAUGUCUCCAUAAGCUUGGCACAUCUAGCCAAUGGGAUUUUUGCCCAUUCUUCAAGGCAAAACUGCUCCAGCUCCUUCAAGUUGUAUGGGUUCCGCUGGUGUACCACAAUCUUUGUCAUACCACAGAUUCUCAAUUGGAUUGAGGUCUGGGCUUUGACUAGGCCAUUCCAAGACAUUUAAAUGUUUCCCCUUAAACCACUCGAGUGUUGCUUUAGCAGUAUGCGUAGGGUCAUUGUCCUGCUGGGAGGUGAACCUCCGUCCCAGUCUCAAAUCUCUGGAAGACUGAAACAGGUUUCCCUCAAGAAUUUCCCUGUAUUUAGCGCCAUCCGUCAUUCCUUCAAUUCUGACGAGUUUCCCAGUCCCUGCCAAUGGAAAAACAUCCCCACAGCAUGAUGCUGCCACCACCAUGCUUCACUGUGGGGAAGGUGUUCUCGGGGUGAUGAGGUGUUGGGUUUGCGCCAGACAUAGCGUUUUCCUUGAUGGCCAAAAAGCUAAAUUUUAGUCUCAUCUGACCAGAGUACCUUCUUCCAUAUGUUUGGGGAGUCUCCCACAUGGCUUUUGGCGAACACCAAACAUGUUUGCUUAUUUUUUUCUUUAAGCAAUGGCUUUUUUCUGGCCACCCUUCCGUAAAGCCCAGCUCUGUGGAGUGUAUGGCUUAAAGUGGUCCUAUGGACAGAUACCCUAGUCUCCGCUGUGGAGCUUUGCAGCUCCUUCAGGGUUAUCUUUGGUCUCUUUGUUGCCUCUCUAAUUAAUGCCCUCCAUGCCUGGUCCGUGAGUUUUGGUGGGCAGCCCUCUCUUGGCAGGUUUGUUGUGGUGCCAUAUUCUUUCAAUUUUUUAAUAAUGGAUUUAAUGGUGCGCCGUGGGAUGUUCAAAGUUUCUGAUAUUUUUUUAUAACCCAACCCUGAUCUGUACUUCUCCCCAACUUUGUCCCUGAUCUGUUUGGAGAGCUCCUUGGUCUUCAUGGUGCCGAUUGCUUGCUGGUGCCCCUUGCUUAGUGGUGUUGCAGACUCUGGGGACUUUCAGAACAGGUGUAUAUAUAUACUGAGAUCAUGUGACAAAUAAUUUGACACUUAGAUUGCACACAGAUGGAUCAUUUACAGAUGGACUAUCCAAAUAAGUCUCAUGAUGGUAGUGACUGCACAUUACUUAUAAUAAUAUGCCAUUUAGCAGACGCUUUUAUCCAAAGCGACUUAGUCAUUCGUGCAUACAUUUUUGUGUAUGGGUGGUCCCGGGGAUCGAACCCACUACCUUGGCGUUACAAGCGCCGUGCUCUACCAGCUGAGCUACAGAGGACCACUUAUCACUUAUUAACCAUUCACUUUACCUUAAUAAAAUAUUUGUUUUAUUUGAUUGCUUUAUUAUUUCAUUCCAAGUCAUCAUCUCAUCUCUAUAGAGCUGCUGCCUAUGCUGUAUGACAAAAUCACUAUUUUAGUAGUAAAUAAGGUAUACUUUUAUGACUGUUGAAUACCAAAUAUCAAUCACUUACAUCAUGUAUUUUCAGGUAGAGCCCUGCAAUAAAACUGCUUUUUAUCACUCAUGUGUUCUCUCUCGUUCAACUAAGCUACCUGGGGCGGCAGGUAGCUUAGUGGUUAAGAGCGUUGUGCCAGUAACCGAAAGGUCGCUGGUUCUAAUCCCCGAGCCGACUAGGUGAAAAAUCUGUCGAUGUGCCCUUGAGCAAGGCACUUAACCCUAAUUGCUCCUGUAAGUCGCUCUGGAUAAGAGCGUCUGCUAAAUGACCAAUUAUUUUUAUUAUUUAUUAUAACGAGGUCUCAGUGUCUGCUCCACACAGACCGAGACUGAACAAGUAAGCGGGCGGGCAAUGGAUUAUGGUCAUUGUAGUUAAUUACCAUAUUUUCUGCACUAAACUAUGUAGAAUAUUGUCCUGUUGGAAACUACAACUCCCUACUACAUUGCACAAUUCGGGCUUGAUCUAAUUUCUCUCUAUAGAAACUGAGCAUCAAGCAUACAAAAAAAACUUAACGAAAUGUAAAUCAAAUAAUUGAACCGACAUCUGUUUAAUAUUGAAAAAUGUUUUGACAUUUUGGUUAAUCACUCCUCACUAGUGUCCAUUUACAAAGAACAUUAUGAUUAAGGUUGACCUCUAUGCUGAGUGCCCAUUGUUGAAGAGCAUUAUGACUGAGGUUGACCUGUGUGUGUGUGUGUGUGUGUGCUGACCAUCCGCAGAUCACCCCAGGGAGCAAGGCACAGCAGGGCAACCUGAUCCAGGGUGACAUCAUCGUGGCCAUCGACGGGGUCAGCACUGAGGGCAUGACCCACCUGGAGGCCCAGAACAAGAUCAAGUCUGCCAGCUUUAACCUGGCCCUCACCAUGCAGAAGUACGUCACACACACACACACACACACACACACUCCUCUCUCUGAGGGCCAACUCUUAUAGUGGCAUAAUUGAUGAUCAGACAGAGAUAUUAGGUGUCAUUUUAAACAGGCACAGGGAGACAGUGACAGAGUGGGCUGCCUCAGAUCUUUUAGAGGUAGAGAUGUGGCCACUCUGUCAUCUGAGGAUUGAGGAGAGAGGGAAUGGAUGGAGGGAGGGAAUAUAAAUAAUUAUAUUUUCACACCUGUUGUCCUAAAACUAGAGAACCAAAGCUAGCUUUGGGACACUUUUAUCAUGGGACAUACACUACCAGUCAAAUGUUUGGACACACCUACUCAUUCAAGGGCUUUUCUUUAUUUUUUACUAUUUUUUUACAUUGUAGAAUACAUUUACAUUUACAUUUUAGUCAUUUAGCAGACGCUCUUAUCCAGAGCGACUUACAUGAGCAAUUAGGGUUAAGUGCCUUGCUUAAGGGCACAUCAACAGAUUUUUCACCUAUAAAAGUGAAGACAUCAAAACUAUGAAAUAGCCACCCUUUCAUUGAUGACAGCUUUGCACACUCUUGGCAUUCUCUCAACCAGCUUCACCUCGAAUGCUUUUCCAACAGUCUUGAAGGAGUUCCCACAUAUGCUGAGCACUUGUUGGCUGCUUUUCCUUCACUCUGUGGUCCGACUCAUCCCAAACCAUCUCAAUUUGGUUGAGGUCGGGGGAUUGUCGAGGCCAGGUCAUCUGAUGCAGCAGUCCAUCACUCUCCUUCUUGGUAAAAUAGCACUUACACAGCCUGGAGGUGUGUUGGGUCAUUGUCCUGUUGAAAAACAAGUGAUAGUCCCACUAAGCCCAAACCAGAUGGGACGGCGUAUCGCUGUAGAAUGCUGUGGUAGCCAUGCAUUAAGUGUGCCUUGAAUUCUAAAUAAAUCACUGACAGUGUCACCAGCAAAGCACCAUAACACCACCUCCUCCAUGCUUUACGGUGAGAAAUACACAUGCAGAGAUCAUCCGUUCACUCACACCGCGUCUCACAAAGACACAGCGGUUGGAACCAAAAAUCUCAAAUUUGGACUCUAGACCAAAGGACAGAUUUCCACUGGUCUAAUGUCCAUUGCUCGUGUUUCUUGGCCCAAGCAGGUCUCUUCUUCUUAUUGGUGUCCUUUAGUAGUGGUUUCUUUGCAGCAAUUCGACAAUGAAGGCCUGAUUCACACAGUCCCCUCUGAACAGUUGAUGUUGAGAUGUGUCUGUUACUUGAACUCUGUGAAGCAUUUAUUUGGGCUGCAAUUUCUGAGGCCGGUAACUAUAAUGAACUUAUCCUCUGCAGCAGAGGUAACUCUGGGUCUUCCAUUCCUGUGGCGGUCCUCAUGAGAGCCAGUUUCAUCAUAGCGCUUGAUGGUUUUUGCGACUGCACUUGAAGAAAAGUUCCCAUUUCUUGGAAUGUUCCGUAUUGACUGACCUUCAUGUCUUAAGGUAGUGAUGGACUGUCGUUUCACUUUGCAUAUUUGAGCUUUUUAGCUUUUAAGAAGGCACACCUGUUAAUUGAAAUGCAUUCCAGGUGACUACCUCAUGAAGCUGGUUGAGAGAAUGCCAAGAGUGUGCAAAGCUGUCUUCAAGGCAAAGGUUGGCUACUUUGAAGAAUCUCAAAUAUAAAAUAUAUGUUGAUUUUGUUUAACAGUUUAUUUUGGUUACUACAUGAUUCCAUAUGUGUUAUUUCAUAGUUUUGAUGUCUUCACUAUUAUUCAACAAUGUAGAAACUAGUAAAAAAUAAAGAAAAACCCUGGAAUGAGUAGGUGUGUCCUACUUUUUGACUGGUACUGUACAUCAAUAUGAUGUAACAGUUUUUUCUCUGUUGACACUGUUCUCCCCAUACAAAUAACCAGAAGUGCACUGAGUACAUUUUUUUAUCAAUGUUACUAUAUGAAAAAGCAAAUCAGUGUAACAAUAUUAUUAGCAAGCAGCAUCUGUCUCUGGACCAUGCUUGAAUUGAUUAGUUUGGAACAAAUGCUUGUGUACAGACCCGUACCUCAUGGCCAAACCUAAGGAAAGACAAACCAUGAACACAAAUCUCUUUGCAAAAUCUGUAAGUUUACUCUGUCACACAUAGACAUGAAAGUUCGAGCAGAGGACAGAUAUGGUCGUCCUUCAGUGUUACCCCUAUGAUUUUUUUUCAGCAGCAGUGGCAAAGUUAGAGUGGGAUAGGGGAGGUGGGGGCGCAUAGUUGUUGACGUGGCUAAUGGCACGGUGUCUGAACCAGUUUAAGGUCCUCGUCUUGGCAUUUUGCCAGGUGGCGGAGAUAAUAUUUUCACCGUUUUAAAACUAGUUUCCUGCAAUUCUAUACAUUUUGUCAUGGGUCUGAGAGAGAAAAUUUGGCAGUUUUUAAAGCUAAUUUCCUGCAAUUCUACAGAUUUUUCCACGGCUUAUGCCAUGUUCUUAUGCUAUAUGAGUGACUCAAACAUUAUAACAAAAUCAAUGGGGGCCCCAUGCCAUGACAUUUUUAGAAUUUUAGGUUCUCUCUGACAGCCUAGUUUUUAUUUUGGUGAUUGUACUUCUUAAAUGUUAUCUUAAUAAAAAAUAUAUAGCUCCAUUUUCUUUUCUCCAUACAGUACUUUAGACAGUGCCUUCAGAAAGUAUUCACGCCCCUUGACUUUUUCCACAUUUUGUUGUUACAAAGUGGGAUUAAAAUUGAUUUUGUCAAAGAUCUACACAACAUACUCUAAUAUCAAGGUGGAAGAAAAGUUAUAACAUUUGUAAAAAAUAAAACACUAGAAUAUCUUGAUUAGAUAAGUAUUCAAUCCCCUGAGGGUUGUACCUGGUAGGUUCGUUGAUAAUUUGCGUGAGGUUGAGGGCAUCUAGUUUGGAUUGUAGGAUGGCCGGGGUAUUAAGCAUAUCCCAAUUUAGGUCACCAAGCAGUACAAACUCUGAGGAUAAAUGGGGUGCAAUCAAUUCACAUAUGGUGUCCAGGGCACAUCUGGGGGCUGAGGGGGGUCUGUAGCAAGCGGCAACAGUGAGAGACUUAUUUCUGGAAAGGUGGAUUUUUAGAAGUAGAAGCUCAAACUGUUUGGGCACAGACCUGGAUAGUAUGAUAGAGCUCUGCAGGCUAUCUCUACAGUAGAUUGCAACUCCACCCCCUUUGGCAGUUCUAUCUAGACGGAAAAUGUUAUAGUUGGGGAUGGAAAUUUCAGAAUUUUUGGUGGCCUUCCUGAGCCAGGAUUCAGACACUGCUAGAACAUCAGGGUUGGCGGAGUGUGCUAAUGCAGUGAAUAACUCAAACUUAGGAAGUAGACUUCUGAUGUUUACGUGCAAGAAACCAAGACUUUUGCGAUUACAGAAGUCAGCAAAUGAUAGCGCCUGGGGAGUAGGAGUGAUACUGAGGGCUGCAGGGCCUGGGUUAGCCUCUACAUCACCAGAGGAACAGAGGAGGACUAGAAUAAGGAUACGGCUAAAGGCUUUAAGAACUGGUCUUCUAGUGCGUUGGGUACAUAGAAUAAAGGGGGCAGAUUUCCGGGUGUUGUAGAAAAGAUUCAGGGCAUUAUGUACAGACAAGGAUAUGGAAGGAUAUGAGUAAAGUGGGGGUAAACCUAAGCGUUGGGUAACAAUGAAAGAGAUAGUAUCACUAGAGGCACCAAUUGAGUCGGUCUCUGCGUGUAUGGGGGGUGGGACAAAGGAGCUAUCUAAGGCAGGUUUAGCUGGGCUGGGGGAUCUACAGUGAAAUAGUACAAUUAGAAAUAACCGAAACAACAAUAAGCUAACCAUGUUUGGGCUGAGGCUAAACAUAAACAGGAUGUAGUACCGUAAAAAGGAACAGUCCAGCAGACAUCAGCUGUAUAGCUGAGUUAUCAUAAGGUCCGGUGAACAGCAAUAGGAUAGUUCGGAGGCUGCUAAAGCACUAGCAGGUAAGAGGCCACGGCUAGCGUGUGCUAGCGGGCCGGGGCUAGCAGAUGGAAUCUUCGUGGUCGACGUUGUCGUAACCACAUCAGACGAUUUCGUCGGCAGACCAGUCGUGUAGGAUCGGCGGGGCUCCGUGUCAACACUAGGUGGUCCCGUCCGGUUGACAGAGGGGUAGAUAGCCGGGAGAUGGGCCUAGCUCAGGAUGAUUAGCCAGACCACAGCGUCCAUUUAGUUGAAGCUAGCUGGUAGCGAUGAAUCCGGAGUUAAAGGUCCAGUGAUUCAGUGAUUCCGGCAGAAAAACUGAUAUGUUCUGGGUCGAUAACGCGCUGUGCAGACUGGCCCAAUAUCCGGUGAUUAAUAUCCAGUGAUUAAAUUAAUCCCGCAGAAAAAAAAUCCAAUGUUCUGGGUGAAAUACCGCUAACUGUGGCUAAUAGCAAGUAGCUAGUUAGCUGGCUAGCUAGUUUCAACUGGAGAUUCUAUAUAAAAGGUAAGUCAAUAAUAGAAUCCGUUCCACAUUGAGUGAGGCGGGUUGCAGGAAAGUAUAUUUUGUAGAAGGAUGAAAAGUCUGAUAGGGAAAUAUGUACGAAAAAUACAAAAAAACAGGGUAUUUACAGGCUAUUUACAGACACACGACAAAAACAGAACUGCACAGAAUUUGCCCAUUAUUAUUUUCAGAAUUCUUCAAGCUCUGCCAAAUUGGUUGUUGAUCAUUGCUAAACAACAAUUUUCAGGUCUUGCCAUAGAUUUUCAAGCAGAUUUAAGUCAACUGUAACUCGACCACUCAGGAACAUUCACUGUCUUCUUGGUAAGCAACUCCAGUGUAGAGUUGGCCUUGUGUUUUAGGUUAUUGUCCUGCUGAAAGGUGAAUUCAUCGCUGUGUCUGGUGGAAGGCAGACUGAACCAGGUUUUCCUCUAGGAUUUAGCCUGUGCUUUGCUCCAUUCCGUUUCUUUUUUAUCCUGAAAAUUCCCCAGUCCUUAAUGAUUACAAGCAUACGCAUAACAUGUUGCAGCCACCACUAUGCUUGAAAAUAUGGAGAGUGGUACUCAGUAAUAUGUUGUAUUGGAUUUGCCCCAAACAUAACACUUUGUAUUCAGGAAAAAAGGUAAAUUACUUUGCCACAAUUUGCAGUAUUACUUUAGUGUCUUGUUGCAAACAGAAUGCAUGUUUUGGAAUAUUUUUAUUAUGUACAGGCUUCCUUCUUUUCACUCUGUCAAUUAGGUUAGUAUUGUGGAGUAACUACAAUGUUGUUGAUCCAUCCUCAGUUUUCUCCUUUCACAGCCAUUAAACUCUGUAACUGUUUUAAAGUCACCAUUGGCCUCAUGGUGAAAUCCCUGAGUGGUUUCCUUCCCCUCCGGCAACUGAGUUAGGAAGGAUGCCUGUAUCUUUGUAGUGACUGGGUGUAUUGAUACACCAUCCAAAGUGUAAUUAAUAACUUCACCAUGCUUAAGGGAUAUUCAAUGUCUACUUUUUUUUUUUUUUUUUUUUUUUACCCAUCUACCAAUAGGUGCCCUUCUUUGCGAGGCAUUGGAAAACCUCCCUGGUCUUUGUGGUUGAAUCUAUGUUUGAAAUUCACUGCUUGACUGAGGGAACUUACAGAUAAUUGUAUGUGUGGGGUACAGAGAUGAGGUAGUCAUUCAAAAAUCAUGUUAAACACUAUUAUUGCACACAGGGUGAGUCCAUGCAACUUAUUAUGUGACUUGUUAAGCACAUUUGUACUCCUAAAAUGUAGGCUUGCCAUAACAAAGGGGUUCAAUGCUUAUUAACUCAAGACAUUUCAGCUUUUCAUUUUUUAUGAAUUCGAAAAAAAUAUAAAAAACAUAAUUCCACUUUGACAUUAUGGGGUAUUAUGAGUAAGCCAGUGACAAAACAUCUAUAUUUAAUUCAUUUGAAAUUCAGGCUGUAACAACAAAAUGUGGAAAAAGUCAAGUGGUGUGAAUACUUUCUGAAGGCACUGUAUGUGUUUUAGUUGUUUUAAGUUUACACUGAAAAUAUUUUACCAUCCUAAAAAAGUAUUACCUUUUUGGGGAGUGGUGGCAAUGAUUUAGCAGCAGAGGCCCCGCCGCAGCUAAAUUAAUAUAGGGGAAACACUGCAUCCUUGAUAGUGUCCCAUGUCGUCUUUUCAUUAAUUUGAAUCUGCUGAAUCACCCCCCACCGCUGAUCUACGGCAAACACAGUGGAUGCCUUCAAUUACUCACGCAUGCACACACACACACACACAAACACACACAAUCUUGACUCCCAAGGUUGCAGAUACAAGAUAAAGUGCUAAUGAAAAAAAGCACUGCAAUAUAGCUUGUAGUUCAUGUGUGAUAUGAACGCUUCCUAUAUCAAACAAUCAGCCAGUUACAUCCAAAUGAUAGAGGCUACUGAAUGUCUAGGGGGAGAUGUUAGCACUGGUGGACUUACCAUUAGUCAGAAGAGGCAAUUGCCUCAGGCCUCACAUCAUCAAGGGGUCUCAUAAACUGGGUAUACAUCAACAUAUUUUGAUGGGGUUUUAAUCUACGAUUUCCCGGCCAUCCUCACCAUAGACUGUAUAAAGAAUCGUCACGCGCUAUUGCACCGACAACACUAAUCUAGUGGGCACUAUUGGAGCUUCGCCCAAGCAAGACAUUUGAUUGGUUUGACGUGUAGUGAGGCGUCACUGAUUUACACAGGGUCUCCACCUAUUUAGCUAUUUUCUGCCAUUUCUGCCCGUAUUAGGGAAACCUGGUUCUCGACAAAGCUAGCUUAGUAGAAACCCAGCCCCGGGCCCUUAGACUCUAGGGGGAUACAAUAUGCAUUUAUUUAGUAAAAAGACAGGUGCUGCUGAUAAUACUGCCAUCGUCGUCGAGGCAGAGGACAUGUAUGUGAAUCUGAUGCUGUCUGGCCAAAAUGAGGAUGGCAUGUCAUACUUUUUUUGUUGUGGUCUAGACAGCAUCAGAUACAUGGGCUAUGUACAGUGCCCUCCACUAUUAUUGGCACCCCUGUUUAAGAUGUGGUCGAGGACUUCCAAAAAUUCUCAUUUUUUUUUAAACAACAUAGAACCCAAAUGCAAAAAAAGAGAAAAAUCCAACCUUUUAUUUAAGUACAUUACUUUGGUGGUCAAAAAAAAAAAUUGUCCCACAAUUAUUGGCACCCCUAACAAUUCCGCUGAAAAUUUUAAUUGAUUUUUUAAAAAAUAUAUUUUUCUGUAGUUGCUAAAGUUGGUCAGGGUAUCUAGGAACUUUUAAUUAGUAAUUAAUGACUUCCUGUUUCCCUGGGGUAUAAAUAUGACGUGACACAGAGGCCUAAUUCUCUUACCCAUUUGUCAACAUGGCAAAGACAAGAGAACACACCAUUCAAGUAAGGCAGAUUUGUGUCGACCUUCAUAAGUCAGGCAAUGGCUACAAGAAAAUAGCCCCUCGCCUUAACUUGCCCGUAUCUACAGUCAGAGGAAUCAUUAAGAAGUUUAAAACAACUGGAACAGUGACAAACAAGGCUGGAAGAGGUCCCAAGUUUAUCUUGCCACAACGCACAGUGAGGAGGAUGGUAAGAGAAGUAAAAAAAAGUCCUAAGCUCACUGUCACAGAAUUGCAUCAAAGAGUGGCAUCUUGGGGUCACAAAGUCUCCAAAACAACCAUCAGACUGUUUGGGAGGCAUGCAAGGAAAAAGCCUUUUCUCACUAACACUCACAAACGUAAACGUCUGGAGUUUGCUAAGCGGCACUGGGACUUCAACUGGGAUCGUGUGCUUUGGUCAGAUGAGACUAAGAUUGAGCUUUUUGGCAACAAACACUCUAAGUGGGUCUGGCGUAAAACAAAAGAUGAGUAUGCCGAAAAGCACCUCAUGCCCACCGUGAAGUAUGGUGGAGGAUCUGUGAUGCUGUGGGCCUGUUUCUCUUCCAAAGGCCCUGGGAACCUUGUUAGGGUGCAUGGCAUUAUGAACGCUUUGAACUACCAGGACAUUUUAAAUAAAAACCUGAUGGCCUCUGCCAGAAAGCUGAAGAUGGGUCGUCACUGGGUCUUUCAGCAGGAUAAUGAUCCAAAACAUGUGGCAAAAUCUACACAAAAAUGGUUCAGCAGUCACAAACUCAAGGUCCUCCCAUGGCCAUCUCAGUCCCCAGACCUCAACCCAAUCGAAAACCUGUGGGGCGAGCUAAAGAGGAGAGUGCAUAAGAGAGGACCCAGGACACUGGAUGAUCUAGAAAGAUUGUGCAAAGAAGAAUGGUCAAAGAUCCCUCUCUCUGUGUUCUCCAAUCUUGUGAAAUGUUAUAGGAGGAGAUUAAGUGCUGUCUUGUUGGCAAAAGGGGGUUGUACAAAUUAUUAACAUCAGGGGUGCCAAUAAUUGUGGGACACAUGAUUUCAAGUUUAUUUUUUUCUAAAUGUGUGAUCUUUUUUUUUUUACACCAAAGUAAUGUACUUAAAUAAAAGGUUGGAUUUUUCUAUUUUUUUGCAUUUGGGUUCUAUGUUGUUUAAAAAAAAAAGAGAAUUUUUGGAAGUCCUCGACCACAUCUUAAACAGGGGUGCCAAUAAUUGUGGAGGGCACUGUAUACUGAGACAGAGGGGCGCUGUUUCGCUCGCUCGGAUGCUUUCUCUGUUGAGAUCGUUUCAGCCACUUACGAAUUGAACGAAAGUUGGCGGGUGCACAGUGCACUGUUUGGAUGCUGGAAUGAUUUUGGAUAAAUGUGCGAAGGUAGUUAUUUGUUUGACAAUCAGAUGAAUACAUCAUGACUGGUUGUGUUCAUGGCACAUUUACAGUUAAAUUAUGUCUCAACUAUAAAACUCAUUAAAAAAAUCACAGAGGAGUAACUAGCCCCUUUUUCACUUUAUAUCACUUUAUUAUCAUUUGAAUAACUUCGCUCACUCUCAGACAGACUAAUCAAAAUGGAGUCUAUAAGGCAACAGUCUUCGUCACUGCAGUGAAUGGGUCACUGAAAUGAAGACUAUGUUGAGGUCCAGGGUGACAUUUCCUUUCAACCUACAAUCUCAUAACAGUUUUUUAAAACUCUGGUAUUGAAUGUGGACCUGUUUGUUGUGUUUGAGGGCUCUCGAAGGCUGCUGGUAGUGUUGUUGUUACAUAAACCUUUUGAAGGCUAAAUCCCUUAAUGCACCCCUACAUAAAGCCAGAUAGUGGCUGUCCUUUAGAGAUCCUAUUAAAUUACGUUUUAUUCUCAUUCCUAAUUCGAUGGGCUGUCCUUUGUCAGAGGGAGGCAAUGAAAAGGUCAAGGCACUUUAUUUUCUCUGUUUCAUCUCCAAGUCAAUUAGCGAGGUGACAGGGUAUGGUAUUUACCAUGACAGAUGGGUAUUACAUUGGACACUCUCCCUCUAACUGGACUGUACCCCAUAGUUCGGCUACACAAAGGUCUCCCUAUCUCUUGGCUCUUUGGUAGCUGUUUGUACUGCUGCUGCAGUCAUUUUUUUUACCCUAGUUGUUCAACCAGUUAAAAGAUAACUCGGUCAGGUCAGUGGCUAAAGCAUGUUAGGUCUCACUUCUUAAUCCCCACUGACUUUACCUCUCUACUUUUUUUUGGGAGAUUUGUGUUUGUUCACCUUAGACCAGAGGUACAGUGGGGAAAAAAUGUAUUUAGUCAGCCACCAAUUGUGCAAGUUCUCCCACUUAAAAAGAUGAGAGAGGCCUGUAAUUUUCAUCAUAGGUACACGUCAACUAUGACAGACAAAAUGAGAAAAAUUAAUCCUGAAAAUCACAUUGUAGGAUUUUUUAUGAAUUUAUUUGCAAAUUAUGGUGGAAAAUAAGUAUUUGGUCACCUACAAACAAGCAAGAUUUCUGGCUCUCACAGACCUGUAACUUCUUCUUUAAGAGGCUCCUCUGUCCUCCACUCGUUACCUGUAUUAAUGGCACCUGUUUGAACUUGUUAUCAGUAUAAAAGACACCUGUCCACAACCUCAAACAGUCACACUCCAAACUCCACUAUGGCCAAGACCAAAGAGCUGUCAAAGGACACCAGAAACAAAAUUGUAGACCUGCACCAGGCUGGGAAGACUGAAUCUGCAAUAGGUAAGCAGCUUGGUUUGAAGAAAUCAACUGUGGGAGCAAUUAUUAGGAAAUGGAAGACAUACAAGACCACUGAUAAUCUCCCUCGAUCUGGGGCUCCACGCAAGAUCUCACCCCGUGGGGUCAAAAUGAUCACAAGAACGGUGAGCAAAAAUCCCAGAACCACACGGGGGGACCUAGUGAAUGACCUGCAGAGAGCUGGGACCAAAGUAACAAAGCCUACCAUCAGUAACACACUACGCCGCCAGGGACUCAAAUCCUGCAGUGCCAGACGUGUCCCCCUGCUUAAGCCAGUACAUGUCCAGGCCCGUCUGAAGUUUGCUAGAGUGCAUUUGGAUGAUCCAGAAGAGGAUUGGGAGAAUGUCAUAUGGUCAGAUGAAACCAAAAUAUAACUUUUUGGUAAAAACUCAACUCAUCGUGUUUGGAGGACAAAGAAUGCUGAGUUGCAUCCAAAGAACACCAUACCUACUGUGAAGCAUGGGGGUGGAAACAUCAUGCUUUGGGGCUGUUUUUCAGCAAAGGGACCAGGACGACUGAUCCGUGUAAAGGAAAGAAUGAAAGGGGCCAUGUAUCGUGAGAUUUUGAGUGAAAACCUCCUUCCAUCAGCAAGGGCAUUGAAGAUGAAACGUGGCUGGGUCUUUCAGCAUGACAAUGAUCCCAAACACACCGCCCGGGCAACGAAGGAGUGGCUUCGUAAGAAGCAUUUCAAGGUCCUGGAGUGGCCUAGCCAGUCUCCAGAUCUCAACCCCAUAGAAAAUCUUUGGAGGGAGUUGAAAGUCCGUGUUGCCCAGCGACAGCCCCAAAACAUCACUGCUCUAGAGGAGAUCUGCAUGGAGGAAUGGGCCAAAAUACCAGCAACAGUGUGUGAAAACCUUGUGAAGACUUACAGAAAACGUUUGACCUGUGUCAUUGCCAACAAAGGGUAUAUAACAAAGUAUUGAGAAACUUUUGUUAUUGACCAAAUACUUAUUUUCCACCAUAAUUUGCAAAUAAAUUCAUUAAAAAUCCUACAAUGUGAUUUUCUGGAUUUUUUUCCCUAAUUUUGUCUGUCAUAGUUGACGUGUACCUAUGAUGAAAAUUACAGGCCUCUCUCAUCUUUUUAAGUGGGAGAACUUGCACAAUUGGUGGCUGACUAAAUAGUUUUUUCCCCCACUGUACCUGUCAGUUUGUUUUCCAUUCUGACACUCAGGGGAGCCACACAUGGCUGCACUCUGCUUUGUACUUGACAUUUUACUUAAGAGUCACACUCUCAGCCAUCUGUGUACUGUGGCAGAUGUCAAGAGUCUGAGUCGGGCUGCUCUCAGUGACAGUAUUUUACACUGGGGCCAUUCGGUUUGUUUCAUUACAAAUGUUAAAGGAAUGUGGUGAUUCCUUGUUUGAUGGGUAUAUUAUACAACCACACAGUGUUCUUUCACUGUCUACUGGUCUUCUCAAGUUUUUGCUGUGGUGUCCUUUUUGCUGGAUCCCACCACACCGAUUUUCCCCCAUCAACCCUGGGAUUCAAACCAGCAAAUGUUUGAUUGCAUCGCUCCUGUGAAUGCAUGUACAGUACAUUUUUAAGAAGAGGUUGUUUCCGUUUUAGUGGGGGGGGUUGAGUAGUUUCCUAGGUGUCCCUCCAACCUCCUCACAUCUGUACCUGCUCAUCAACUUCAACCCCCCUCCUCCCCCCAAUACUCCGCCCACGCCGGCUUGCGAGACCCCCCACCUCCCUCCCCUCAUCUCCAGGCUGUUUUUCAUCAGCCGUCUGAUUUGUUGUAAAAUGGGGAGGAAAGGCUGGCAUAGGCUGGAUCGAUAAAGUGCUUGUCCUCCCACUGGUUGAUUGAUACAAGGAGGCACUCCUGCCGUGCCUUUCCAGAGCUUGUCAUCGUCUCUCCUCUUUCUCAAUCUUUCUUCGCUGUUUUCCCAAGAAACACUUUACCUCUUAUUUCAUUUUUCUUUCGCCAAAAAAACAUCAACUGUUAGAGAGAGCUUGUUUUUAAAAAUUGGUUGAUAACAAAACUCUCACCACCAGGCAGGGAAGAAGCCUGUUGGGAUAAGAGGAGGAUGUUGUGGAUGGAGCUGGAUCUGACCUCUGCUUGUAUAAUGUGUGGAGAUGUGAGAGCAGUGCAAAAACAGGGGAGGCAUGCCAGGUAUGUCUACCACCAUAUGGAAGGAAACUGCACCAGACAGUCCUGUAAUCCUCAAAUGAUGGGUUCCUCAAAACAACCUUAAUCUCCUCAUACUGCUGGGUGCAAUUCCAAUAAAUCUACUCCCAAAAUCAAUCAAGAGAGGUUAACCUGCGGUUCAGUUGGUCAUAGAAAAAGGCGCCUAAAAAGGAGCCGCUUCACCCCCCUCUGCUCUGUUUGCAUACAGUGGGAGAUUAGCAGUGGGGCGUCAUCCCCCUAUUUUACCAUUCUUCAGGUCAGCAGGGCACUGCUAUCCCACAAUGCCUUGUGGUCCACUGCUGCCAUGUGUUGAGGUGAUGGCGUGUGAAACUGAAGUAAUACCUUAAGGAAGGUCACUCAUAACGACUGAAACAUCAACCAAUUAAACAAUGUGUCAGUAUUUCUAUAUGAGAAACUGGGCAAUUGGGGCUUUUAUUUCCAACACCACAAGAACGGCGUAUUAGUGUGCAGAAGACUAAGCGCUAUAAAGACGAGUGAAGACAGUCAAGAGUUCUGGAGCAUGCAUGUAGUCAACACAUGAAGCAUCUAUUAUAAAUGUGCAUUUUGUCUGUGUUUUUUCACCACUUAUAUUGUCAAGCCAUUCUAAUCCAAGGCCAAAAUCUUUGGUAAAUUGGAACUUUUGGAAAGUACACUCGGUCAUUCAAUCCUUUUCUUUGUGCUCAACUUGUGAACAACAAAAAAUACAUGGUUUGCCAGAGCCAUUUGGGCCUUUUGUGUAGCAGGCAGGCAGACAGAGGGCAAAAGGCCAGAGAAUUCGUUCAAAAAGCUGCAUUGAAUUCUGCCUGCCUGCAGUGCCCCACGAAGAUGCCAAUGGAUUAUGCCAGUGCCAUUUUCUAUGCAGCUAUCCAUAUGCACAAAACUUUUUCUCUAAAUUGUUGUGCACAAAUUUGUUUACAUCUGUUAGUGAGUGUUUCUCCUUUGCCAAGAUAAUCCAUCCACCUGACAGGUGUGGCAUAUCAAGAAGCUGAUUAAACAACAUGAUCGUUACACAGGUGCACCUUGUGCUGGGGACAAUAAAAGGCCACUCUAAAAUGUGCCGUUUUGUCACACAACACAAUGCAACAGAUGUCUCAAGUUUUUGAGGGAGCGUGCAAAAGGCAUGCUGACUGCAGGAAUGUCCACCAGAGCUGUUGCCAGAAAAUUCAUUUCUCUACCAUAAGCUACCCCCAACAUCGUUUUAGAGAAUUUGGCAGUACGUCCAACCGGCCUCACAACCUCUGACCACAUGUAUGGCGUCGUGUGGGUGAGUGGUUUGCUGAUGUCAACGUUGUGAACAGAGUGCCCCAUGGUGGCAGUGGGGUUAUGGUAUGGGCAGGCAUAACCUACGGACAACGAACACAAUUGCAUUUUAUCGAUGGCAAUUUGAAUACACAAAAAUACAUUGAGGAGAUCCUGAGGCCCAUUGUGAAGCCCAUUUUUUUAAAGUAUCUGUUGCCAACCGAUGCAUAUCUGUAUUCCCAGUCAUGUGAAAUCCAUAGAUUAUUUCAAUUGACUGAUCAAUGAAAUUGUUGCAUGUUGCAUUUAUAUUUUUGUUCAGUAUAAAUAACCACUAUUUGGAUAACAACUGUACGCCGCAGAAGAACACAAUGCAGAUAUUAGAACAUUGAACACUUACAAUAUGCACUACUUACUCAGCCGUGCUUCCUGAUCGCCUGUGCUGUAGCACCAAUUCGAACUGCUUCUGGACUCACAUUGCUGUUCACUGGACCUUAUGAUCACUCAGCUGCACAGCUGAUGCCUGCUGGACUGUUCCUUUACACGGUACCCUGUCCUGUUUUAUCUGUUUAGCCUCAGCCCAAACUUUCAUCGCCAUUACCAGUUGUUGUCUUAGCUCUCUCGAAAAACACCUGUGAUUGCUUUAUGCCUCUCUCCCAUGUCAAUAUGCCUUGCCUAUUGCUGUUCCAGUUAGCUCUUAUUAUACAAUUUCACUGUAGAGCCCCAAGUCCCUCUCAAACUGCCUCAAAUAGCUCCUUUGUUCCACCCCCCAUACACGCGGAGACCGGCUCAAUCGGUGCCUCCAGUGAUGCUAUCUCUUUCAUUGUUACCCAACGCUUAGGUUUACCUCCACUGUACUCAUAUCCUUCCAUAUCCUUGUCUGUACAUAAUGCCCUGAAUCUAUUCUACAACGCCCGGAAAUCUGCCCCCUUUAUUCUCUGUGCCCAACACACUAGAAGACCAGUUCUUAAAGCCUUUAGCCGUAUCCUUAUUCUAGUCCUCCUCUGUUCCUCUGGUGAUGUAGAGGUUAACCCAGGCCCUGCAGCCCCCAGUAUCUCUCCAGGCGCUAUCAUUUGUUGACUUCUGUAACCGUAAAAGCAUUGGCUUUUUGCAUGUUAACAUCAGAAGCCUCCUUCCUAAGUUUGAGUUAUUCACUGCAUUAGCACACUCCGCCAACCCUGAUGUUCUAGCAGUGUCUUAAUCCUGGCUUAGGAAGGCCACCAAAAAUUCAGAAAUGUCCAUCCCCAACUACAACAUUUUCCAUCUAGAUAGAACUGCCAAAGGGGGUGGAGUUGCAAUCUACUGUAGAGCUAGCCUGCAGAGCUCGAUCAUACUAUCCAGGUCUGUGCCCAAACAGUUUGAGCUCCUACUUCUAAAAAUCCACCUUUCCAGAAAUAAGUCUCUCACUGUUGCCGCUUGCUACAGAUCCCCCUCAGCCCCCAGCUGUGCCCUGGACACCAUAUGUGAAUUGAUUGCCUCCCAUCUAUCCUCAGAGUUCGUACUGCUUGGUGACCUAAACUAGGAUAUGCUUAACACCCCGGCCAUCGUACAAUCCAAACUAGAUGCCCUCAAUCUCACACAAAUUAUCAAGGAACCUACCAGGUACAACCCUAAAUCCGUAAACAUGGGUACCCUCAUAGAUAUCAUCCUGACUAACUAACCCUCUAAAUACACCUCCGCUCUCUUCAACCAGGAUCUCAGCGAUCACUGCCUUAUUGCCUGCGUCCAUAACGGGUCCGCGGUCAAACGACCACCCCUCAUCACUGUCAAACGCUCCCUAAAACACUUUAGCGAGCAGGCCUUCCUAAUUCACCUGGCCCAGGUAUCCUGGAUGGAUAUCGAUCUCAUUCCGUCAGUAGAGGAUGCCUGGUUGUUCUUUAAAAGUGCUUUCCUCUCAAUCUUAAAUAAGCAUGCCCCAUUCAAAAAAUUCUGAACUAAGAACAGAUAUAGCCCCUGGUUCUCCUCAGACUUGACUGCCCUUGACCAGCACAAAAACAUGCUGUGGCGUACUUCAUUAGCAUCGAAUAGCACCCGCGAUAUGCAACUUUUCAGGGAAGUUAGGAACCAAUAUACACAAGCAGUUAGGAAAGCAAAGGCUAGCUUUUUCAAACAGAAAUGUGCAUCCUGUAGCACUAACUCCAAAAGGUUUUGGGACACUGUAAAGUCCAUGGAGAAUAAGAGCACCUCCUCCCAGCUGCCCACUGCACUGAGGCUAGGAAACACUAUCACCACUGAUAAAUCUACAAUAAUCAAGAAUUUCAACAAGCAUUUUGCUACGACUGGCCAUGCUUUCCACCUGGCUACCACUACCCCGGCCACCAGCUCUGCACCCUCCGCUGCAACUUGCCCAUGCCCCCCCCCCCCCCCCCCGCUUCUCCUUCACACAAAUUCAGACAGUUGAUGUUCUGAAAGAGCUGCAAAAUCUGGACCCCUACAAAUAAUCUGGGUUUGACAAUCUGGACCCUUUCUUUCUAGAAUUAGCAGCCGAAAUUGUCGCAACCCCUAUUACUAGCCUGUUCAACCUCUCUUUCGUAACGUCUGAGAUCCCCAGAGAUUGGAAAGCUGCUGCGGUCAUCCCCCUCUUCAAAGGGGGUGACACUCUAGAUCCAAACUGUUACAGACCUAUAUCCAUCCUGCCGUGCCUUUCAAAAGUUUUUGAAAGCCAAGUUAACAAACAGAUCACCGACCAUUUCGAAUCCCAAUGUACCUUCUCCACUAUGCAAUCCGGUUUCCGAGCUGGUCAUGGGUGCACCUCAGCCACGUUCAAGGUCCUAAACGAUAUUAUAACCGCAGUCGAUAAUAGACAGUACUGUGCAGCCGUCUUCAUCGACCUGGCCGAGGCUUUCGACUCGGUCAACCACCGCAUUCUUAUUGGCAGACUAAAUAGCCUUGGUUUCUCAAAUGACUGCCUCGCCUGGUACACCAACUACUUCUCAGAUAGAGUUCAGUGUGUCAAAUCGGAGGGCCUGUUGUCUGGACCUAUGGUUGUCUAUAUGGGGGUGCCACAGGGUACAAUUCUCGGGCUGACUCUUUUCUCUGUGUAUAUCAGUGAUGUCGCUCUUGCUGCUGGUGACUCUCAGAUCCACCUUUACGCAGACAACACCAUUUUGUAUACAUCUGGCCCUUCAUUGGACACUGUGUUAACAAACCUCCAAACGAGCUUCAAUGCCAUACAACACUCCUUCCGUAGCCUCCAACUGCUCUUAAACACUAGUAAAACGAAAUGCAUGCUCUUCAAUCGAAUGCUGCUGGCACCCGCCCAUCCGAUUAGAAUCACUACUCUCGGCGGUUCUGACCUAGAGUAUGUGGACAACUACAAAUACCUAGGUGUCUGGUUAGACCGUAAACUCUCCUUCCAGACUCACAUUAAGCAUCGCCAAUCAAAAGUUACAUCUAGAAUCGGCUUCCUAUUUCGCAACAAAGCCUCCUUCACUCAUGCUGCCAAACAUGCCCUCGUUAAACUGACUAUCAUACCGAUCCUUGACUUCGGCGAUGUCAUUUUUCAAAAUAGCCUCCAACACUCUACUCAGCAAAUUGGAUGUAGUCUAUCACAGUGCCAUCCGUUUUGUCACCAAAGCCCCAUAUACUACCCACCACUGUGACCUGUACGCUCUUGUUGGCUGGUCCUCACUACAUAUUCGUCGCCAAACCCACUGGCUCCAGGUCAUCUAUAAAUCACUGCUAGGCAAAUCCCCGCCUUAUCUUAGAUCAUUGGUCACCAUAGCAACACCCACUCAUAGUAUGCGCUCCAGCAGGUAUAUCUCACUGGUCAUCCCCAAAGCCAACACCUCCUUUGGCCGCCAUUCCUUCCAGUUCUCUGCUACCAAUGACUGGAACGAACUACAAAAAUCUCUGAAGCUGGAGACACUUAUCUCCCUCACUAACUUUAAGCAUCAGUUGUCAGAGCACCUUACCGAUCACUGCACCUGUACACAGCACAUCUGAAAUUAGCCCACCCAACUACCUCAUCCCCAUAUUGUUAUUUAUUUUGCUCAUUUGCACCCCAGUAUCUCUAUUUGCACAUCAUCUCUUGUACAUCUAUCAUUCCAGUGUUAAUACUAAAUUGUAAUUAUUUUGCACUAUGGCCUUUCCUCCAUAACUUGCUACAUUUGCACACACUGUAUAUAUAUUUUCUGUUGUAUUUUUGACUAUGUUUUGUUUACCCCAUAUGUAACUCUGUGUUGUUUUUUAUCGCACUGCUUUGCUUUAUCUUGGCCAGGUCGCAGUUGUAAAUGAGAACUUGUUCUCAACUGGCAGAAGGCAAGCACUCCCAAGUCUUGACUCACUUUUUGCCACUCAAAAGAAAAAGCACCCACAUACUGUUUUCUUGUCAUUUCACUUGUGUAUCUGAACUUGACCAACAGUGCUAAAACCAAACGUUCUGAACCCAUGAGCCUGACCAUAGUCUUAUACAACCUCCAUAGAUCUAGGUCAGGGUCUACAACGAGUAAGCUACACUCUAAAAGGGCUUUUCGGCUGUCCACAUAGGAGAACCCUUUUUGGUUCCAAGUAUAACUAUUUUUGGUUCAAGGCUAGGUUGAAGAUGGGAAGGUUAAGACAAUGUAGUAAUUCCAUUCAGAAGCGUUAGAAAAUAAACAAAUUCAUGGGAGCAACUCCAUUGAUAACUACUAGUGCCCUUGCUAACUAGCAACGCUGGUCCCAUGACCAGAGGGCGCAGUGGUCUAAGGCACUGCAUCGCAGUGCUAGCUGUGCCACUAGAGAUCCUGGUUCGAAUCCAGGUUCUGUCGUAGCCGGCCGCGACCGGGAGACCCAUGGGGCGGUGCACAAUUGGCCCAGCGUCGUCCAGGGUAGGGGAGGGAAUGGCCGGCAGGGAUGUAGCUCAGUUGGUAGAGCAUGGCGUUUGCAACGCCAGGGUUGUGGGUUCGUUUCCCACGGGGGGCCAGUAUGAAAAUGUAUGCACUCACUUAACUGUAAGUUGCUCUGGAUAAGAGCGUCUGCUAUAUGACUAAAAUGUAAAUAUUAGAAUCCUCUUGUCUUCACCUACAGUGAGGGAAAAAAGUAUUUGAUCCCCUGCUGAUUUUGUACGUUUGCCCACUGACAAAGAAAUGAUCAGUGUAUAAUUUUAAUGGUAGGUUUAUUUGAACAGUGAGAGACAGAAUAACAACAAAAAAAUCCAGAAAAACGCAUGUAAAAAAUGUUAUAAAUUGAUUUGCAUUUUAAUGAGGAAAAUAAGUAUUUGACCCCCUCUCAAUCAAAUAUUUCUGGCUCCCAGGUGUCUUUUAUACAGGUAACGAGCUGAGAUUAGGAGCACACUCUUAAAGGAUCAAAUACUUUUUUCCCUCACUGUAUAUAUUUUGAACAUAGGUUCAAUGUAGAACCCUUUUGAGUAUCAUGUAAUACCCUCUGUGGAAAGGAUGCUACAUGGAACCCAAAAGGGUUCUCCUAUGGGGAUAGCCGAAGAACCCUUUUAGGUUCUAGAGCACCUUUCAUUCUAAGAGUGUAGACAAAUAACUUAUGGGAACAUUCUCUGAAGUCUUCUGUAAACAUUCACAUUAUUCUCUGAAUUAGACCUCACCUCAUUGUUGGUUCAAGUAAACAUUGGCGGUGCGAACAAUAUGGCGGAUUGACUCUUGCACUUGCUGAGCUUGGAGAAUAUACCUUUCUCGUCUAAAUUUUUAUGGAAUGUACUUUAUUCUGGCACUGGAAUCUAUGUUAUGUCCUUGGUGAUAUGGCUCACUACCACUUAUGAUAAGGAGGGUAUACAGUUUGUAUCUGAGUGGUCUGUGAAGGUCUCAGGUUGAGCCUAGCUCUCUGUGGGCCUGUCUCUGUGACCUUUGACCUCUUUGCUCCUCAUGUCCAGGUAGUAAUGGACUUGUUGGACACUGGUCUUUCUCCAUUAGACUUUUCCUCUCCCUGUCUCUCUUUCUCUAUCUAUCUCGAUCUCUCUCAUAAACCAUGACAAAGCUGUUUCAGUGCAGAACACCUUUCUGCCAGCCACUUAUUAUGUGUUAUACAAGUGGUAGAAUUCACACUGUAAUAACUGUAAUAUUCCUAAUGUAUCUGUUUUUCAUUGUUUUGCUACAGGUCAAAGCGGCCAUUUCCACUUCCCACAUCCACCCCAAGAAUUGACUCUCCCAUUCAACAGAUCCCUCACCAGAAGGUAAGCAUGACCGCAGCCAGCAACAACACUCUGUUCAGUCUCACUCUCCCAGCAUAUUCAGCAGAACGAAUGCUAAAUGUUCAUACUUCCGUAAUUGUAGAAUUUCAGUUGCCUGCACUUAUAAAUAAAAUAUACAUACACUCUUCAGUCACACUCGUAUGGGAUCAAAGUGGGUUAAGGAUGUUCAGUGAAACCACUGCCUCCUUCCAGACCAGAGGCGUCAGGGUAGGUAGCUCCAGGAGGCUCCAUGCAAAGUUCCUCCAUUCGGGGUGUAAGGAGACACAGGCAGCAGCAGCACAUCCAGCUCUGAGGUCUGUCAGAACAGCCCUGGGCUCUGCUGGGCUCAGGCAGUGCCUAUGUUAAGUCUCUCACUGCCCUCUACUGGUGAUACUGGUGACAAAGCAGCACCCACCCUGCCUUCCAAGUUUAAGUUCAAACAACUAUAUUUUUGAAUUUCAUAGAGUACCUUUUGUGUUGACCUCUCUGACCACGCCUCUAUCUGUCUUCCCCCUUAUCCACCUCACCCACGCCUCUUCCCUCCUGAAGGCUCAAACAACCAAAAUAAAUGGCGGCCUCUCGGCCUGCAAUACCUCCUCCGUGUCACUAGAGGCGUCUGGCGAGGAAAACUCCUACUCGGGGUCACCCACCAAGAGGCAAACGCCAAGCCCUGGGGGCAAGACGACCCCCACAAAGAAGGCGCAGUAUAACACCCCUAUUGGGCUGUACUCAGCUGAGACACUGCGAGAGAUGGCCCAGCUCCAGGAGAGCCACAGAGGAAAGGGCUCUGCAGCAGGCCUCUCAGUGGGGUAUGUAACCAAGUGGAACAGGCGGUAGUAACAGCAGCACCAGCCAGGGGUGGCCAGGCCUGGUGAACCCCAUAGUGGAGAGGAGGGAGUGGGGUAGAAGCUCCGGGUAGAAGUUACCUAUAGGCUCAGGUGUAGGAUCAGCCAGCCCUCUCCAAAACCUUCAACAUUCAGAGAAAACCCCCCACAAAACUUACCAUAGAUCAGUGUCUAUGGCCAACUUCACCAUACUCCAAGGGACUUCACCCUACUCCAAGGGGCUCCCUACUCCACCCAAUCCCCGCUGCUCUGCUGACCGGCCCUCGUGGGGCAGAAGGAUGGAUAGAGUCUCAGAACAUUCAGAUUUAGCUGUGUAUUCUUGUCCCGAGCUGGGCUCUAGACAGGCUGGUGACCCCAAUGGGUUAUAGUGAUUUAGGUUCGCCCAGAGGGGAAUGUGCAGGGCAGGCAGCACAGUCCCUGUAAAGGCCCCUAGCUCAUGCUGUGGCCCUCCUCCAGGUAAUACGAAGAGCCCCCGGGAGAUUAGGUGUCCCCUCUGCCAAAAUAUGAACACGUGACAUCCCAGGCAAGCCUUACAGUACUUGUGUAUAUGAAGAGAUAAGUAUUGCUUUAAACCAAACCAUUGCUUUAAACGUGGCCAGGAUGGACGAAGUGACUGCACAGUGAGAUGGAGAUUGUUUCUAGUAUGUGUCUGUGUCAAUGAAAUGCUAAUAGCAUAAUUUCUUUAAUGUGAGAAAGUCAAGAGGUGAAUCGCUAAUUGCAAUGCUUGCUGUAUCAGUCUUUGUGAUGAACAGUGAACUAGCAUUCCCCUAGUGUUAUCUAAAACAGAAAGCAGUCGCGUGACCUCAUUAAAAGACCUCACACACAUCUCAGAGACAUGGGGUUCCCACAAUAAUUGCGGAGUGCUAUAAGACUGUCACCGUGACGAUGGUUCAGGGCCAGCACCUGUUGUCUUCUCUUUGAAAGGCCAUGGAAUGGCUGGGUUCAGGUUCCUCUCUGCUCUGCUCUGCUCCCAUCUCUAAACAUACAGAACCCCAAUAUAUCUGCCUCUGUCUCUGUCUCAUCUGACUCUCUCUCUUCACGUCUCUCUCUCUCCCUUUAUCUAUUUCUUUAUCUCUCUUUCUACCCGCAUCUACAAAACAUAGAGUACAAAGUUACAUCUCUCUUUCGUCUGUUGCACUCUCUCCCACUUUCUUUAUCACUUCAUACCACUGCUCUGACGUAAAAAUAGUAUUUUAGCACCAUGUAAUAUAUAUGUUAUAUAUUUAAAGAGCCUGCAAUGCCAUGGCUUUAUAUCAGUGCUGGACAAGCCUCAGUAAUGAUCAUAAUCAAGAAUGAACACCAACAAAGGUGAAAACAACAUAUUUUUCACUGAUUGCUUUCAUUGUUGCAUUGUGUGAUUCCCAGUAAGCUCAGUAUUCACCUUCACCCUCCAUCUAUCUUUUCUCCUUUGCUAUUCUCUUAUCUCUGACAUAACUUCACGCCAAAUAAGUGACCUCGCGGAGGUGGGUUGUUAAUCACUGUCUCUUUCUCUCUCUUUCUCCACUGCCUCAGGUUAUUUCCAACACUCCUGCCAAGUUAGUACCCUACCCUGAAUGUGGUGUAGUAGUGUUUGCCCAAACGAUUCUGUUGUUCAGCUGCAUGGUGUAAUGUGUCAUGUUAAUGUUAUUGUGUCAUUCUCUUUGGUGUGAAGUGGAUGUGCAUUGUCUUGGCUUGUUGUCUAGUGAUUAUGCCUUUUGAGACGGAUGAGCAGUUCUAGGAUUGGUAAUGAGAAUGACCUUUUUGGUUUGGAAUGUAAUGGUUGUCAAAGUCCGCCAGAGAAAAGGGAGUGAACGUCUAAUACAUUUUAACCUAUCAUAAAACAACUUUGCCUGUGAUGUUCAUUAACUUGUAAACCCUCACAGACAAGAUCCCUGUUCAUUAAUAGUGUUUUGGGAUAUUUUUUGAGGGAAUAAAGGUCAUUUUCUGACAUAAUGCUGAAUUCUCCCAUGAGCCAUCAGCCAUGUACUUAUGACAUUUAGGUGGAGAGUGUGGACGUGUGAAGCUUGUGUAAUUGACUUUUAUUGGAUAGAUGGCUAAUAUGAUGAACAUUUUGAAACUGUGCAUUGCUGGCAUUGAUCAACUGUGCUUAUUUGUAGGAUAAGUUAGCCUUUAUAUUUUUAUAACUUAGAUGACAGUGCAUGUUUCUAUUAACACCUCCAUUUGCUCUUUUAUCUUGAUCAGUUUACUUGUGGGCCAGAUGUAUAGCAUCAUCUGAGCCUGUAGGCUCCCACGUACCUGGGAGGGUUGACCUGUAUCUUAAGGGAAACCUGAGUGUGUGUGUGUGUGUGUGCAGAUAUGUGAGCUGUGCUGUACCUGCUCUACUGGGGGAUUUACAGAGCAUGUUUGCUGUGUAACAGACCGCGUCUCUAUGGCUCCUUAUCUGCCCUUCUCUUCAAAACCCCAAACUGUUGUCGUAGCCGGGUAGCAGAUCUCUAUGGGGGGAAUUCCCACCUGAGUUAAGCGCAAGUAAAUGGAACUUAAUUCCCUCUUUAUGCACUUUUCUCUCUACGCGUAUUCUGACUUUGAAUUUAAGCAUGAGAUCAAGGUCGUUAUCUCAAUAUAUUCUAGUGAGACUGUCAAACUAAAAGGUACACCGCAUUUAAGGGGGGGGGGGGGGGGGGGGUUUCAGAGGUUGAAUGAAAUUAAUUCAGAGCGUGCAAGGUAGCCACACCUGCAGAGCACGUUAUGUAGCUGAAUAAGUUAAGUCUGUAUACCAAAUACUGAGAAGUGCGUAGAAAAGGCGGGCAUAGAAAAGGCAUACAUUUCCCCAGUCUGAAGUGUCCCCUUUUGUGCAUUAGCCAACUCCUUUGUUGUGCCACCCGUUGUUGUGCCAUACAUGUUGAUGUUCCGCAUGGCAUGAUAUACGACAGAGGAGUUGGCUAAAGCACAAACUGAUCUGCUAGCAGGCUAUUACACUGUUGCACAUACCAUCUCACACCAUUUCUCCUUCCACUGCCACCCUCCUUCCUCACUUUCCGUCACUUUUCCCUCCUUCUCCCUCUCUCUUUCCUUCUUCUCCUCUUCACCCUCACCAUCACUAUCCUGCCAACUUCCUCCAACCCUCCACCGCUCCACGACAGCAACGAAUAUGUGGCCAACUUCAACCCCAAUGCACUGAAGGACACGGCCCUGUCCACCCACAAGCCCAUCGAGGUGAAGGGUCCUGGGGGCAAGGCCACCAUCAUCCAUGCCCAGUACAACACCCCCAUUAGCAUGUACUCCCAGGACGCCAUCAUGGACGCCAUCGCCGGACAGUCCAAGGGCCACGAGGCCGGGUAAGACCCUCCUUCCUCUGCACUCCUUCCCUCACUUUCCUUCUCUCCCCUUCUCUUUCUACCUUUUCCCCAAACCUGCAUGACUUUAGUAGUACCGCUCCUUUCCUCUCCUUGGCUGGCUGUGCUGAACUAGUCUAGCACUACAGUGUAGUGUAGCCGCGCUGUGCUGGAGAAGCUAAAGCCGCAGACUUACUUCAUCAGGAUGUCUUAUCAGGCUCUGAUGAUCUAGGAUUGUUACCAUCCUUUAAAAUAUGUGUACAGUACUGUAUAUACUAAGUGUAUUCUGUAUGUGUCAAGAAGAAACAUGCAUACAACUCCGAUUGCUUCAAGGAGGUAGCAGUGAGAUUUGGUUUGGUGCUCUAAGGCACAGAUGUAGAUUAUUUUUGUGUGUUUACAAAGGCAUAGAUGCUGAUUGUUUAGCAACUAAAUUGUGCGCAACUAUGGGGCAAAACAGACUGGGUUAGCUUAGAUUGUUGACAACAUGUAAGCUAUAUUAAUGUUUAUUGAAAAAAUAUAUACAUUUGCACAAUGAGCACUUGUCUCUCAAAUACAUCAUUACAGUUGUUGGCUAGCUAGCUAGCGAAUUUUAACCAUAUUAGCAUUUACAUGAAAUCCGUCAAAAUGCCUCACAACAAGACAUGGUAUCAAGAACAAGAUGAAAUGAGCCACUUACGAUUCCCCACAUGGCAGUUUCUUGUCAUUGUUGGUAUCUAUCUGGCCACCCAGAAUCACAACAAUAUGCUGACUUCUGCCCCAUGAAAGUGCGCACAUUGUUUUCGUGACGUUGUCAGCUAACCGGUCUAUAUUCCUUGUUACAAAUGCAGGUCACCUGUGGCAAUAUUCGAGUGUAUUUGUUAGAUUCCAUCCAUUCUAUGAAUGUCUUCAUGCUGCUCACCUUCAAGCAUAAAGCCACCCAAUCACCUUUAGUCACCAAGCCUUCCCUGAUCUUUUGGCAUUUUAGUCAUUUAGCAGACGCUCUUAUACAGAGCAACUAGGAUUACGUGCCUUGCUCAAGGGCACAUCGGCAGAUUUUUCAUCAAGUCUGCUCUGGGAUUCAAACCAGCGACCUUUUGGUUACUGGCCCAACCCUCUUAACCGCUAGGCUACCUGCCACCCUUUUACAUACACUCAACCCACACACAUAAUUGCCUUCUAAAUACCUGAAGAUCACAGUACACACAUCCAUAUUCAGCUAGGAGUUACCAUGGCAAAAUGUAUAAUUUAAUAAAAGGGACUGUAAACUCUUGAUUUGUAACAAUGUAACAAUGAUUUGUACACAUGCUUCAUGUAAACAGAGAACUUUCUUUAGAAAUUGAUAACCAGACAAAUUGUUUUGUUCAUAUGUGGAGAAAAGUGAAAUUUCCCUGUGUGAGUUGAAGGAAUGCUAAGGGUCUCCCUCUAUGACAUCCCCUAUGGGACCCAUAUCUAAUCCUCCCUCUCUCACUUCCUCGGUUCUUCCUCAACAAACCCAAUCACUGCACUGUCCAUCCCACCCACCAUGCCAUGCUGCUUCUCCCCCACCCCUCUCCAUCCAUCCAUCCAUCCACGGCCCCACCUUGCCCCGCCCUGCCCCACCCCAUCCCUGCCGAACAGAGAGGAAGUCCCAGCCGGCUCCCCCUUGGCGUAAGUAGACCACUCUGUGGCAACCUAUGAAGCACAGCCUGUGUGCGGUCUCUCCAUAUCCCUCCUUCCUCCCUCCUUAUGUUCGUUCCCCUCACUGCUAACCCACUACAUCCUCACUCUGAAUGGAGAUUUUGUUACCCAUGGCAAUUUUCUAAACAUGCCACCAUUUGGUGUAGUUUGUGGGUUGAUGGAAUGACGUCUAGAACUGCCGGAUGUUGCCUCUGCACCCUUAAUGCAAUGAUGACAUCAUAGUUUGACGGUAGCCGAUUGCCGAUUGCAGAGCAGUUGUUUGUAGAGGACAUCACUAUAAGUAUGGUGUUGUUUUGAUAUUUAGGGUUGACUGAUUACUAACAAACAAUUUUUCAUUCAGUUGGAAAAUUGUGCUGAAAUUGUAUUGGAUUGGAAUGCAUGGAAAACAGCCAUGGAUUAGACGUUUUCAUGCCAAACAUUAUUUGAGUUUUUAGAAAAGCACAGUGUGGUGCAAACCGAUAUUGCUCAACAGGUCAACCACAGAAUCAUCAUUUUGUUCCUUGGCAGUUUCACCAUCUCCGUCAGUCCUCUGCUACACUCAUUCCUCCAUUCACCAUCAUGUAGCAAACAGUUUCUUAGACGGCGUACACUCCCCUGCUGGCUACACAGGGAUUCUUUAUGUAUCAAGGCUCUCUGUAAAAUAGGUUUUAUUGUCAGCUGCAAUGUUAUCACCAGUCAGUUAUCUCUUGUAUUACAAAAAACCUGCAUGAUUUAUAUGGAUAUAAAAAGGAAAUGAAUGGAGGAGGAACACAUUAAGUGCUGGCCUCAGUUAGGUGGCCAGAAUACUCUGAACCUCCCAAUUAGUGCUCAGGGAAUGUGCAACUGACCAGCACUAGUUAUGCCAUAUACCAGGAACUAUACUGGUUUAAUAAUGACACUAAACUGAAUGUUCUGAGCUCUUUCCUCCUCCUGCUAGAGGUACAGUAUGUGUAUUUUUAUUGUAUGCAAUUUAUAUUUCUGAAAUAUGCUGUUGAGAAAAUAUGCCGCAGGGGCCAAGCUAGCUAGUAGCUAUGUAGCCAUAAUGCUUUACAUGCAAGCUUCUGCAAAUAGGAAACUAUUUGACAGCUUUUUAGCAUUUUAUCACUGGUUUGUGUGAGCAGAAGCUGGCGGAUGCUGCUUUUUAAUGUCCCGUUUUUAGCUCCUCUCUUAUGCAAGAUCAAGCCUGUUUUUUACAUCUCAAAUUGAAAGUAAAGAGGGAGCCUUUGAAGUAGAUCCUCUCCCAAUUCUCCUAAAUGCUCCUUAGUCAUCUAAGUAGGCUACAAAGGUUAGUUAUAGUACUGUAUAUGUAUACACUCAGACAUACCCCAAUAAUAAAAAAUCACCACCAGACUGCAGUUUUUUAACACUGUGAUCAGAAUCCGAAUAACACCCACCAUUUCCUAUUCGUCCUGAUGGCUGUCAGGCUAUGGUGGGCAUAAAUUAGUGCCAGUGUGACGAGCCAGCUCUCUCUCUGUGGUUCCAGUUCACUCCCAGUAAAAGACGCUCAGGUAGACAGUGCCUCCCCAGUGUAUCAGGCUGUGAUCAAGACUGCAGACAGGGACAUGGAGUUGAAUGACUGGGCCCGCAGCUCCUCCCAGGUGCAGUCCAAGUCCUUCCGACUCCUCGCCCACAUCACGGGAACGGAGUUCAGUAAGUAGUGCUUUUCUAUUUCUAUUCUAUUCUAGUUUCAUUUAGUUUAGUUUAGUCUACCCCUCUUACCCUGCCAAACACUCAGUUACUGAUGGUUCUCCUGUCUUCUCUCUCUGUCUUUGUCUCUGUCUCUGUCUCUGUCUCUCUCACUCUCUCCUUUAGUGCAAGACCCAGACGUGGAACAUCUGAGGAAAUCAAGGUAGGCAGCUAGCAGCAGCGACCGGUGGCCUAGCAACCAGGCUGUAUUUGGUCAUUGCCCCAGACCAAACCAGAUGAGCCCAGAGCAGAGUUCCUGCUGUUAGCUAGGGGUCAAGGGUCACUGAGUCACUCAGCCCUACCUCAGGGCCCUGCUCCACACCACUCUCUGUGGUGAACUUGAAGGUUAGAGUGUGAGUCAUGUCUUGCCGAGCCAAUAGUGAGAAUAGUAUGAGGUGUAUCGAUGCUGCAGUGCCCCUCACAUGGAUUACGGAUAGCCCCCAUGAUGAGCUCACAGGUGUUUUUCCCAGUUCCCAGCAGUCUGUUAGACUCCUCCAGCUGAAACAACACAGAACGUGUUCCUGCCACACACACAGAGCAGAAAUAUCCCAUUUUGUUUCCUCAUGAGGGAUUUCUCAAGCCUGGGCUUAUUCAUUAGGGCCCUGAUACAGUAUGGUGCAGGACAUCAUAGGGGUUGUGUUGAUUUGUGUUUGUGGAGGAUUUGGGAGCCCCAAGUGCACUCUGACUCACACAGGACUCAGGCAGGGGAGUGGAGGCCACAGUCCCUAACCCAUCUCUCACCCCCCCUUUUCUUCCUUUCUCUCUCUUCCCCCCCCCAUUUUCCUUUCUCUCUUUCCUCAUGCCACAGGGAAAAGUUUGACACUGAAUUUAAAGGCCCACGUUUUGCCAAAUUGAAAAAUUGGCACAAUGGCCUGUCUGCUCAAAUCCUUAACGUGCCAGAAUAAGCCCUGGUUUAAAAUACGUGUCAGACCAAACGGAACUGUAGCAACCAGAGAAGUGCAGAGCAGGUAAAACAGUUGGACUGUGAGUGAGGAGAAGGUCAGGCUAAAAAUACUGGAAUGUGAGUUAGUGGAAAGAGGGUUGUUCAAUACUUGUUGAUCACAUAUUGUAAUGAAAAUUUUAGCCCAAUGUCAUCUUCUUCCUUUAUUUUGGCUAUUUAAGUUGAUCCUAGUUUUCAAAAGUAAUUGCAGCUGUGUAAGAAAGUUGUAUUGUAUUUCAACCGUAAAUUAUCACUAUUUGAGUUUGACAUUGUGAUAAGUAUGAAUAAAAACGAUACCACUGAAUAAAACAUUUUCCUUUAGUUGCUUUCAUAUCAGAUUGUUACUCUGAAAAGAUAAGAGAUUGUUUUGAUGUAGCAGUUUACAGGCUUUAAAUGGAAGUUAGGCAUAGCAACCUAACACCCUCUUAGAGACAAUAAACAAUUAUUCAUAUGAGUCAUCACAAACUUCAGUUGUUUGUUUAAACGUUCACAGCCGCUACCAAGGAACCAUUAAAUAGUACUUAACCGAGAUCUCAAGGGUCCAAUUAAGGAUAAACAAUUCCCCGACAUCAACAAACGUCAUAAUGAAUCUCAAUAUGAAUCACUCACAGAUGAAACAUAGCUUGUUUGUUUCCUUAUCCCUGGGCUCUGACUCAUUGGAAUGUGUGGAGAGCAGCAAACCCUUACAGCCUAUGAGAAAGUGAGGAAUUCGAGAAUUUCUCAGAAAGGGUGAAUGGCAUUAAUAAAGUGAACUAUGGCAGGGAUAAUUAGGAGCGCUGCCUGCAUUGUGCAUUGCACUGAUAUUUAAAAAGAUUAAAGGAUAGGCUCCAGUCUGGCUCAUGGCCAGAUGGCCACAUGAUUAAGUAUGACUUCAAUCAGAAGGAAAAUGAUUGGAUUUCAUAUUGACCAUGAGUUUGCUUUCGACUUCAAUGAGAGAAGUUCAUCCAUUUUCUUUGACAGUAUCUUUCAAUUUCAUAAUUGGUUAUUGAAAAGGUUUGCAUAGCUGUUUUCUUUUCAGUUACCAAGGGCAGGGCACUUCACUAUUCAAGCAGUACUUUUGUAAAUUGAAGCUGGUCAAGGAUUGCUUUUCACAGAAGCUCCUUAUAAAGGCCAAGGCCUUGUGCUCCUCUGUCCUCUCAUUUGUGUUUCAAGUACUUUGGCAUUCGAGAUGUUAUAUAAACAAUUUGACCUAGAAAAAAACGGAGAGAUUUGAUAUAACGAAAGUGGCUUUGGAAUAACUUUUCCAUACAUAAUACCAACCUACUGUAUAUUGCCUCAUGUCAAGAGUGUUAUAAGAUAUGUAUUACAAAUAACAUUGAACAAUCACUUAGAGAUUGUAUCCCGAAAAGUUCUUUAGAAACACUGUAAAAAUAAACCAAGCUAAUUAUCAUAUGACUCGCAGAAGGAUGAACUGACAUGCUUCAUUGGUACAUCUUUAGAAAACAGGGCUUUGUUAUUCUCCACACAUGCCAUUUAGUCUGUUACACAGGGCUAUUUCUGUAUUAUGAUUGUACUAAACUCAGCCAUCAUUAGCUCUAAUAUAAUCAUGCCAUCAAUUGUUAUCAAUUGUUGAUUGUCUGUUAUUACAUAGAAGCAGUGUUAUAUCAAGGGUCUGUCCAAGAGUCUCUAGCUGAUACUAUAAGGAGGUCAGAUGUGGCUGAAGGAAGGCACUAUCAUAUCAGGAUUCAAGCACAGCCAUCAGACAACACUCUGUUGGGUGUCGUCCCAUCCUCCCUCAUAAGAGAGGUGAACAGGAAGUCAAAUAUGUGAGUAGUGAGAGUCGGCGAGGCCAUGUUUGAAGGCGUUGAAAGCUCUUUGAAAGGUAACUCUGCUUGUCUGGUUGUCACAUAGGGGAACUGGUGUUACUUAGCUCUGCUGUGGGCUGAUGAGUGGAUUAUUAAUGCCCGUUUGUAACUGUUGGAAAUCUCUGCUAACUGCCUCUUCCCUGCCUGGACAUGCUCCUUGGCAUCAUCCCCCCUACCCCUUCUUCCUCACCUCCCCUGAGAGAUAUUGCCACCUGCAUGCAAUGCAUGCUGGGUGGACAGUGUGUUUGCACUGGAGUGCCUCUGGGUGGCUGACCCCCUCUCGCCCUUCAUCGCUCCUCCUCUUCCUCCUCUAUCAUACUCAGGCCUCAGUCUCCGCCCCACAUACAAGAUCUCAUUCUCCACUUCAGUUCCAUUGAGUGUGCUACUCCUAUCCCUCACUCCCUCUCUUUUUUCAUCACAGAUUCUAGAACUGACACACCAGACAUUCCAAAACAUCAGGACGGGCGUCAUUGCUUCACAUCAAAUUUCGGCACAUCACUUAUAGCUAUCUCGUCCCUCACUUCCAAAUUAGUGGAAAGUAAUUUGGUGUGUGUGCUCAGUUUUCAUGUGGUCGGCAGGAUUUGUGUUUUUGCAGUUUGUGACUUCUAGGGCUCAUUUGAGUGUCCUAGGGCUCAUUUUAGGGACCUAGGGUUCAUGUGACUUCCCAUUUUCUUAUUGAUUAUUUUUGAAAAUUAUAUUGUUUUCAAAAGCCUCAAGGACCCUAGUGGUUGUCUCAAUAUUAUAGAGAUGUUUGUGACAGUAGGCGAUAAGAAGUUAUGUUGUAGGUUUAAUUCAUGGGACUAAUGACCGUUUUGACAAUCAAGAAGGUAGAGUUAAUGUAGACCUACUGUAUGUCCCAUUUGAGAAUCAGGUAAAGGGCACAGAAGGUGAGGGGUGCCUGGGGACAGCUGUGUUUGUGUCUGUCUUCAUGUUGUGUGUCUGAAUCAUUGUGUUUCCUUGUCUUAGUCUUGCCUGUAUCACCUGUCAGUGUCUUCCUCAUCUACGACAGCUCUCCAGUAACCCAUCCCCCUCCCUCAACCUCAAGCCCCUCUCACAAAUCCUAAACUCCAUGGUUAGAGCUCACUGCUGCUUUGAAGUACAGUAGGCAGCUGAACAUGGUAAAAUACCUACCUGUUUGUUGUCUCUAAACCACCUAGUACUAGACCCAUUGCUCGUAAGAGCAUGCACUGGUCUUGCUAAAGACUCCCUUGCCCUUGCCUGCCCACCUCACCAGUAUUAUGCAAACACACACCAGUGUUUGCCUACCUACUGCGGAGUGGUCUUUCAGUCCCAGAGAAUGAGGAGCAGAGUGAAAUGGUAGGCGAGGUGUCAGGUUGCCUGCCCAUGGAGCUGCCUUACUAACCCAGCUGCUUUAGUGGGAGAGAUCACAAUUUCCCUAUGUUGUCAGUUGUGCCAAGCAAAUGUUACCAGUGGGGGGCGCUAUAGAUUUGUUACUCUUUAAAACUAUCCUCAAGUUAGUAUCCUCAAGUUUUUCCCUUCCACAGUGAGAGAAAGUGAGAAAUUAAAUGCCAUCAUUUAGUUUACAGAUCAAGUAUUUAAAAUUCCAAACUGUUUAUAGAUCAUUGGCAGAUGAAAGAGUGGUGCAUGUAUGCGAUCUUCUAUCUUUAACAUCUCUGUCAGGUGUGACUUCUUUCUACUUCUAUCUUCUUUCCCCCUUUCCCCUUAUGUUUUUAAUCUGAGGUACCAGAUUUUGACUUCAGCCUUCAAAGCACACUAUCCUUCAUCUACCCCUAACUUGAAACAGUCAUUCCCUCGGUACAUCUGGAAAUAGAUCACAGCAAUUCAGCCAAUGCAAUCUAUUAAUCCUGCAUGAAGAGGGUUAAUGUGUUUUGAAGGCCAGGGUCCUCUGUGUGUACCUAAUUACCUGCACAGGAUGCCCGUUUAUGUAAACCCCUUGUUGUGAGUCAAGUCUGUCUGUGUCUAUGAGUGUGUCUGUGUACAUGGCUGUCUGUGUCUAUGAGUGUGUCUGUGUACAUGGCUGUCUGUGUCUAUGAGUGUGUCUGUGUACAUGGCUGUCUGAGUUCAAAUAGAGAUCCAGUAGUAUUGAAGUUAGAUGUCUGUACCUAUGCCAGAUUAGUUCAUGUAACUUAUACCCAAGGAUGGCGAUAACAGUUGAAACACAAUUGAGAGGUGUUUCCUACACUCCCAUCAGCUAAAAGUUACUUUGUAGAGGUCUCUCUAGAUCAGGGCUCUCCAACCCUGUUCCUAGAGAGCUCCCCUCCUGUAGGUUUUCAAUCCAACCCCAGUUGUAACUAACCUGAUUCAGCUUAUCAACCAGCUAAUUAUUAAAAUCAGGUGUGCUAGAUUAUGGUUGGAGCGAAAACCUACAGAGAGCCCUGCUAUAUAAUCUAUAGAUGGAAGCAGUUGAUGCUAUAUAACUUUGUUUAUAAAUACUUUAUCCUAGUAAUAGGUUUCAUUGGUUGGAUUCAGAAGUCAUUUAAGGUAUUGGCUUUAGUAUCUGUGUGUCUGUGGCCUGCCCUGUCCUUGUACCCAGCCUCAAAGGCACUUCCUCUGUUAACUGUCACUCAAACUGAGAGCAUCUAUCACCUGUCUAUCUGUGCUGAUCCUUUCACCUCCCCUGCCGACACACCAACACUCCACUCCUCACAUCGAGCCGUGAGACACACCAUAGACCCCACUACCACCACAACCUAGCAGCACUUGCUAACCUCACAAGUUCACCACAGAAAGUGAUGAAGGGUUUAAAUGACUGCCUGAGACCACUGUUUCCUGGUCAGAUUUAUGUCCAGGAGAGGAGGUCAGGGUGCUGGAAGUGAGUAGGGGUCAGCCAUCGGUCUACCACCACCAGGCCUGUUGCUGCUAGAUGCCUGCCACCCUCUCUGUUCCCCAGCCUGGGCAGCUCCCCCUGGGCAUUGCAUUCAUUCCGUUGUCCCGAGUCCUCCACCCCACCUUCUCCCGCAGUCAUUCACUCGAUGUCUUGGCCUCAUGUCCAAGUCAGCUGUGUUUAAAUGUCAAGAUCUGGGGAGCCUCCACUGUUCGUUUUCACUCAUGUUUAAAAGUAAAUUCACAAAUGUUCUGUAGCGUGCACUCAUUGAUUAUGCCAUGCUCACUAAGUGUUCAUUUAUCUUUCCUUUUUGCUGUUGUUGGUGUAUACUCUGUUUAAUCCUUUUCCCCAGCAGAGUUUAUGGCUGAAACUCUCCCAACACCUUAGAUUGUCUCUGAUUAUAUUAUAUUAGUAUGAUACACUAUACAGUUACAAAUCAAUGUGUAAUGUACUGUGCUAAUUACGUAAGGACUGUGUAUAUCAAGCAUAUAGCCUGCUUCAUCCCAGUGAGGUGGUACCCUCUGGUCCUGGACAAGAUUGAUGAAGCUCUCUUGUCUUGACGCAGUUAUUUAAUCAUUCCCCGUUAUGCUCAAUCGAUUCCUGCAGUAGCAGCUAGGCAGCUUUCCAUUAAGAGUGAAAUACAACCAGAUAUCACCCCACUCACCCAUGCCAGUCUCUGUGCUUUCUCCAGUGAGUCACCCAAAAUCAAUAGUUCAAAUGUCCGUUUUUAUCUUAUUAUGAACAGAUAGUGAGGGGUGUUUUUCUGCAGAGGGUUUUUUCCUCACCUCUGGAUCUAAAUCCUGAUAUUGAAAGAUAAGACUCAUUUAUUUUUCUAUUCUUUCUCUAUUGUUCCUUGAUGGACUUCCGUGCAUUGGGCUGAGCAACAUCAAGGCUUUUGGUUUUGCAUGUGAUUGAGGCCAUAUAACCUUACAGGUCUAUUUGUGCUGACAUUAACUCUAAUUCAUAUACACACAGACCUACAUGGGCUGUUUGUAUAUAUGGUUUUCGGCCUCAGACUGCUGAUGGUUUUCUCUCAAUGCAAUCUAACCUCUUAUGCAGUAGCCCUGUUGUGCAUGCUCCAAUCGCCACCAGCCCCACACAUGUUGCUCUCCCUGCUAGUGCUGCUUCACCCAAUCAGGCGACUUCGCCUGCUGCUUACCAGUCUCCAGAGCCCGCCCCCGUAGCCCCUGAGAGGUAAUGCUGUGUGGGUUGAACGUUUUUGCCUGUUGUGGUUUUAUUGUCCUCCGCCAACUGGGUGCUCGUCCUUUUAUUUGGUGUGUAGCUAUAUUUGUGUGUGUACCUUCAUUGAGAGGGACUGUUUUGUUCUGAUGUUUUUCCCUUUGUCAACUGUUUCGUGAUUGAUUGAACAUUGAUUGAAAUGUGUUUUUGUUUUCAUGUUCCAGUUAAACUGGUAAAACCUUGAUUGUACUAUGUAAAUGUUUCGGUGAAAGGUUUCAUGAGCAGUAUGUGUGUAAGUGGCUAGGGCUUUGGGUUUAGUACAUUCACAGGGGAGAGUGUCCAUAUUCAGUGUCCAAGGUAAGUCAAACAGUCUGAUGUUGUGAUCAUCUGUACUGUGAAGAGAGAGACACUGGGAAGACCUGCCAUGUCUGUGAGCGGUGUGAGAACAGAGAGCCUCGAGGCAGUGGAGUACUGUAGUCAUACAGAGCGAGUCUGCCAAACCCACCAUCCUUUAACCCGUAACGCCCUCAUCAUCAUAACGAUCCAUCCAUCUUAAUCCUGUUUUUUAUUUGACCAGCCUUAACACAACAGAUAUGCCCUGGGCCUGUGCAAGCUGUUGCUUCUGUGGUUGGUCAUGACUGCCAUACACCCCCCAUAGGAAGUAGACAGUUCUGUCAAAUCUAGAGAGAAUUCGCAAAGUGAACAGUCAUUAUGUCACACAAAGAAUUCCCAUAAUUCCCUUUCCUAGUUCCCCCAAAGCACGACCCCCCUCUCCUGCGCCUUCCCCUGCAGUCCCCUCUGGGGGACCCUGCCACCUGACGCACGCAGCCUCCCAUAUCUUGUCUGCUCUGACUACACAGUCUAGGUACAGUUGUUACUCAAUCACUCCCCCUGUCCCAGUUUCUACCUUUUAUGUCAGUCGGGAUAGAUGGCACCCUCCCAGUAUCGAAUAGACCAAUGUGUCUGGCGGGCUGUGUGGAUUUGGUUGAGAUAGGAGGGGCAGAAGCUAGUACAUAGUUGCUAUUUUACGGGUGGCAGAAAAGAGGUUUGUGCGGAAGAUGGAUUGAUUUGAGCUUUAUUUUCUUAGGCUGAAAUAGUGGAUGUAAGAGUAUACAGGGUGUAAAAAAGUGUUAAAAGAAUGAAAGUGAAGAUUUAUUUUUGGUCACACUUUAUUUGCAUAGUCCCCAAUAGAUUAUCUAUAGAUGCUCAAACUAUCAACUGCUAAUCUGUCUAUAUGCAACAGCUUGCUAGCGUUAGCGUAUAACUUCUUUUGGACAUAAUUACAUGGGUCAGAUAUUGCAUCUUGGUGAAAUACCCCAGAUCACUCCCUUGAACCUUCAAUGGGGGUAUCCCAGAUUACUUUCUUGGACUUCUGGAUUAGGUUUUUGGACCAUUCAGAGGCGUGUUUAUACUACUUUUUUGGACCCUCACAGAUAACUAUGUUUGGGCCAUCACAGCAGAUGAAUGGUAGUUUGUCAGUAGGAUAAAAAAUCACAUUUAAAAAAACGUUUUGUGUCCCAUCUAGGGGACCACGAACGGCCAUACGUAUUGACAUUGGACAUUGGACAUUGGAUAAAUAGAAUAGAAUAUUGUUAGUGGAUAAUUUGUUAAAUAGUUUGUUGACAGUUAGUUGAACUGGCCUCCUGUAGCUCAGUUGGUAGAGCAUGGUGCUCGCAACGCCACACUUCCGAUUUGUAAGUGUAAGAGCAUGACAAGUGGUUAUGGCUCUUAUUACUCCCUCAGUUUGCGUGGUUCAGCCAACCAUUGUAGAGGGUUAUUUUUGUUUUGUAUAAACAGCGGGCUUAAAUGAGGAAACACAUCCACCCUUUAGUUUUAAUAUAAUAGUGGUACUUUAUAGGGAUCUCCUGGAGCCAGUGUGGUGACCAAAGUUGCUUAAAACUGUGAACGCUAAAUCAACUUAUGGUGUGCAGUGGAGGGUGGUUUGGAGUGAAUUUAUCUGGCCUGCAUGUUAGUGUGUUUUUGAGAAGUGGUCCUCUGGCUCGUCUUAAAGUUUCCUAAUAAUGAUGUCGUUGUUUUUUUAUUUAAUGUGGAUUGGAUGUGUUAACUGAUGUUCAGAUGUCAAUGCAGCCUACAGUGGCUUGUGAAAGUAUUCACCCCUCUUGGCAUUUUUCCUAUUUUGUUACUUUACAACCUGGAAUUCAAAUGGAAUUUUUUGGGGUUUGUAUCAUUUGAUUUACACAACAUGCCUACCACUUGGAAGAUGCAAAAUAUUUUUGUUGUUGUUGAAAGAUCUUAUUUAGGGGCUUCAUAGCAAAGGGGGUGAAUACAUAUGCACGCACCACUUUUCCGUUAUUUAUUUUUUAGAAUUUUCUGAAACAAGUUAUUUUUUUCAUUCCACUUCACCAAUUUGGACUAUUUUGUGUGUGUCCAUUACAUGAAAUCCAAAAUAAAUAUCAAUUUAAAUUACAGGUUGAAAUGCAACCAAAUAGGAAAAACGCCAAGGGAUGAAUACAGUCGUGACAAUACAAGGCACUGUAUGAAACCAAGUUCACCUAUACCUCAAAUGGACUGCUGAUUGGGUGCUGCCCUCUCUUCAAAAGAGACAGCGCUGACUGUGGUCAAAAUAGGCUGACUGACUAGCAGUUAGUAUGAAACUGGUGUGGUCUGAUAAUGUUACAAUAUGUGAGAAAUCAGAUGAUUCUUGAUUUACACCCCAUCUUAGAGUAAACAGUGGAGAAAAGUUAGAUGGAAAAAUCUGCAAAUGUAAUAUUAAAAAACUGGAUGCCAUUAUCAGUAAUAAACUUCUUCGGCAGCACGGCAUCUUACAGGUAUAGGUGUCCAUGACCUUAAUCCAAAGAACUGUGUUUGACCCCUGUUUUUGACCCCUGACCCUUUUCUGUUGCGUUAUAGCUACAGUCUGCAGCAGUCUGCCUCAGUCUCUAGGUACUUCUGUGGGGAAGCUUAUCCAGAUGGCACUGCUCAUAGAACAUCUGGAUAGUGUGCUUCCUUACCUUAUUGUCAAUAUAACUUCACCUUCAAAAUAACACACACUUAUUCCCCUCCCUCUGUUUUUAGCUCUAAGGAUGAUAAUCGUGAUUUGACAGUGUUGAUUUAACCUGCGUUUUAACCUCCCCUUUUCUUACAAAUGUAUCAACCUGCUUCUCUCUCCUCUCAAAUGAAAUCAGUUGGCGACUCUGAAUCUCUCUCACUGCCUUCAAAUCUAAUUUACUGGUCAAAUACACAUGGUUAGUAGAUGUUAUUGCGAGUGUAGCGAAAUGCUUGUGCUUCUAGUUCCGACAGUGCAGCAAUAUUUAGCAAGUAAUAUCUUACAGUUCCACAACAAAUAUCUAAUACACACAAAUCUAAGGAAUGGAAUAAGAAUAUAUCAAUAUAUGGAUGAGCAAUGUCAUUAUCAGAGUGGCAUAGGCUAAGAUGCAAUAGAUAGUAUUGAAUACAGUAUAUACAUAUGAGAUGGGUAACGCAAGAUAUGUAAACAUUAUUAAAGUGGCAUUAUUAAAGUGACUAGUGUUCCAUUUAUUAAAGUGGCCAGUGAUUUUCAAGUCUGUAUGUAGGCAGCAGCCUCUGUGCUAGUGAUGGCUGUUUAACAGUGAUGACCUUGAGAUAGAAGCUGUUUUUCAGUCUCUCGGUCCCAGCUUUGACAGGCCAAAUUUCUUCAGCCAAAUUUCUUCAGCCUUCUUCACCACACUGUCUGUGUGGGUGGACCAUUUCAGUUUGUCAGUGAUAUGUACGCUGAGGAACUUAAAACGUUCCACCUUCUCCACUGCUGUCCUGUCGAUGUGGAUAGGGGGGUACUCCCUCUGCUGUUUCCUGAAGUCCACGAUCAUCUCCUUUGUUUUGUUGAUGUUGAGUGAGAGGUUAUUUUCCUGACACCACAUUCUGAGAGCCCUCACCUCCUCCCUGUAGGCUGUCUCAUUGCCAUAACCGAGGCUCUCUGUUCUAACACUGUCUCUCUGAUACCAGGCUGUCUUUCUUUUGCUCGCUCUCUGUGGGUCUCUGCUAUAUUAAACUCCCACUAACCUUUACGUUAAACGUGUCUGGUGAAGUGGAGGAGAUCCAGGUAAGACUCAAAACAUAUGUGGACACUCCUGGAGUCAGGAAGGAGAUAGGUGGCUGUUCAGCAGACUAGGUUUGAUUGUGAGGCAUAUUAGUGUUAAAGGGCUACGUCAGGAUUUUGGCAGAGUCGGAUGAACUCGUGGAUACCAUUUUUAUGUCUCUGCAUCCAGUAUGAAGGACGUUAGAGGUAGUUUUGCGAGCCAAUGCUAACUAGCGUUAGCGCAAUGACUUCGAGCUAAUGCUAGUUAGCAAUUGUGCUAGCGCUAGUUAGCAACUUCCUUUAAACUGCACGCAGAUGGUAGCCAUGAGUUCCUCUGACUCUGGGGAAGUAGAUAAAGGGCCUCAUUGCCAAAAUCCUGAAGUAUCCCUUUAACAGUAUCCUUAUGAGUAACUGGUACUUGUAGUAUAGUUUCCCAGUUUAGAUUUGAUAUAUUAUAUAAACUAUGACAGUUCAGAAAGCUUCUGAAGUAAUAAGGCUAGUAGAGAUAUGUUUGCAUCUAGGUGGUGAUGAUGUCACUCAGCUUCUUGUUUAUCCUUCUGUAGCCUAUAUGGCCAGGCUCCCCCCAUGCAAAAAGCCCCUCCCAUGUACCAGGGGCAAUCCAUGUACCAGGGGCCUCCUAUGCAGCAGGGACCUCCCAUGUACCAAGGGCCUCCAAUGCAGCAGGGACCUCCCAUGUACCAGGGGCCUCCUAUGCAGCAGGGACCUCCCAUGUACCAGGGGCCCCCCAUGCAGCAGGGACCUCCCAUGUACCAGGGGCCCCCCAUGCAGCAGGGACCUCCCAUGUACCAGGGGCCCCCCAUGCAACAGCCUCCUCCUAUGCAGCAGCCUCCUCUCAUGCAGCAAAGCUCCAUCCAGAUCCCUGUGGGCCCUCCCCCACCCAAGGUGGUCAGCACCGCCUGCAUUGUGCCAGGUAGUUACAGCAGGUGGCGCUGUGUGACCAUUUGUGUUAACAAUAUGGUAAGUAUAGAUAGUGUUAACUUAACCAGGUGUCUCUUUGGGUCAUAGCUCCAGCCCCUGCGCCUGCCCCUGUUCUAGCCGCAGCCCCGGCCGCACCUGAACCCCCCUCCAGCAGGCCACCCUGGAUCACGGACGACUCUUUUGCCAACAAGUUUGACCCCAGCAAGACCACCAGCACCAGCAUGAAAGUGCCUGCUCUACCUCAGAGUGCCCCACCAGCACCGGCCUACAUCCCAAACCCUGGCUCCGCCCACGCCCGUCCCUCUGCCCCAAGCCCUGCCUAUAAUCCCAGCCCCGCCCCCUACAACACCGCCCCUGCCCCCUUCCCUCCCAUUGCCCGGGGCGUGGCCCAAAGGGCGGAGCGCUUCGCUGCCAACAGCAGCAGAGCACCCCUCUGUGGAGCCUGCAACAACAUGAUCCGGUAACAACAACGAUACACCGUCAGUGGAAACACACCCACUCAAACAGAAACACAGUGUUUGGCUUCAGAAAUGGUCAUUGUCACCACCUUUGUCCUCAUGCGCUGUCUGUCGUUACAGGGGACCCUUUCUGGUGGCCUUGGGUCGCUCCUGGCACCCAGAGGAGUUCAACUGUCACUACUGCCACACAUCGCUGGCAGACUGCAGCUUUGUGGAGGAGCAGAACGCAGUGUACUGUGAGAACUGCUACGGCGAGUUCUUUGCCCCCACCUGUGCACGCUGCAACACCAAGAUCAUGGGGGUGAGAUGACAGACACAAACAUACAGACAUGUACGACACACACAAAAGCGCUUUGUUUAGCCAAUGCAGAAUAUACCCACAAAUGCACACAGACAAUAACCUUUUGUCCCUGUGCAGGAGGUGAUGCAUGCUCUGCGGCAGACAUGGCACACCACCUGCUUUGUGUGUGCUGCCUGUGGCAAGGCCUUUGGAAACAGCCUCUUCCACAUGGAGGAUGGGGAGCCCUACUGCGAGAAAGGUACUUUACAUCAAUGGAAUGGCACAUAAUGAAAAGCCACAAGUGUUAAAUGUUUCCCUUAAAGCCCAAACCAGCUUCUGCUGAUAUUUUUGCCAUAAUGUAUUCUGUGAAAACAGCUUCUGCAACUGAACUACAUUUGAAUUAUAUACAUAAGACUCCUUUUUUUAUGCAUGUAACUUUGCUACCAUUUGCACCAUUUGCUAUUGUUCAGUCUUUCCUCCCUCUUCCAGAUUACAUUUCACUCUUCAGCACCAAAUGCCACGGCUGUGACUUCCCAGUAGAAGCUGGAGACAAGUUCAUUGAAGCACUGGGUCAUACCUGGCACGAUACCUGCUUUGUCUGUGCAGUAAGAAUGACUACACAGCUGUACAAUAACCCAUGUUCCUGAUGUAUAAGUCUGUUAUACCUCAGAUCUCUGGGAAUGUACCAAAAAUGGCUGGUUUGUGAGAUUCACAAUUAUGUUUGUCUCCCACAGGUGUGCCAUGUGAACCUGGAGGGCCAGCCCUUCUACUCCAAGAAGGACAAGCCCCUGUGCAAGAAGCACGCUCAUGCUAUCAACGUGUAA